CGGAAGUUGAGGUGAGAGGGCAGGACAAAGAGUAAGUGUUUUUGUUUUUCCUAACCAUUCUGAAGUAGAAUGUUCAUGCAGUGUGUGCUUCUCGUUUCGUUCUUUGGCGGUUUAUUAAUUGAUUUACUUCCAGACAUCAAUGCUGGUAGUAGUCCACGUGUCCCAGGUUCUGGAGGCUGGGAGCAGUCACUAUUUCUAGCCAUGGGACUACUACCACCUUGUGUAUGUUUACUUCCUGUACACACAGCGAGAACAGUGUCUUAAUGCACAUAUCAAGGCUUGUUCAAAAAAAAAAAAAAAAACUGCUACGGGAGAGGUCUUAUAGAUAUCAUACUAGUACAUAACCCGAGCAGGAAUUUUCUAAAAAAAAUAAAAUUAUUGUUGUGAGUCAGUGAUGUUUACUUCCGGAAACUCAGGGAUACAUGCUUCAAAACACAUGUCCAGACCACCUGCUGUUUGAAAUGUAAAUGUAUUAUUUACAAUCGUUGCAGACUAAAAUAUAGGUUUGCAUGUAGUAGUUUGAACGUGUCUGGUAUGCAGAACCUCCCCCCCCCCUCCCAACAAAAGCAAACUCGUACAGAUGUUAUAAAGGAGUGAUAUUUAAUUUAAUACAAUGUGUGUGCCUCUCCAUUCUUCCUCCAGACUCUGGGUCCUAAUUUUUUUUAAUUUAAUACAUAUAUACAAAUGUAGGCUUAUUGUUAGACAGUGUGAGUUAACAAUUAUGUACAACUGAUACUGUCAGUAUUACAGUAUAGUUGCAGUUUAUUAAGUGGUAACAACAGAAUAAUGUUGCACAUACAGUACACAGAACUCCUGUAUGUUAAAUAAGUAGCCAGUAUUAGCAUUGUGCCACAAGCAAGAUACAUUCUUGUAGACACACUCACAAAAGUGUUCAGCCCUCUUUUUUUUAUUAAGUACACAAAGCAACACUUUGACAAAGUGGUUUCCCACCAUAAACAAAAUACUGUGUCUGCAGGUCUGAUUUUACGUGGAAUCGUUUGAAUAGUGUCACACACAUGCAAAUUCUAGGUAUUACUGAAAAAAGUACAGUUGAAACAGGCUUGACAAUAAACAAUAUUGCAUUGAUGUUGUGUUUUUGAAUGCAGACCAUAAUAGACACACACACACACACUCUCUCUCUCUCUCUCUCUCUCUCUCUCUCUAUAUAUAUAUAUAUAUAUAACACAAGAUCCAGCGCACGCACCUAUCCACUAAACAGCAACUUCAAUGUUGAAAGAUUUUAUUAGUUUUUUUAAAAACACCUAAUCUAGGCAAAAAUAAUGGGGGUUUAGUUACAUUAUAUGAUCAUACAUUGCAUAAGCCUGCCACAACGUCAAUGUACCCCAUCUUUGGCAGGUCCUACACUAACAACCUAAUGUCUGCUCUUAUGAGAUUAACCUACUUGGGGAAAAAAAUUCCAUCUGGGGCUCUCUGCAGUACAAGGCUAUAUAGGGCCCUGGGAUGAGGCACCUGUGACAGGGAGGGGUGCAAAACCAAGGAGUUGGCUAGACUCCCAAAUAUAUACAUAUGAAACAAGGGGGGGUUGGCUGCACUCACCUGAACAUGCAUAAAUGGGGGUGCUGCUGGGGGCCAAAUAAUACAAAACACAAGAUCCAGCGCACUCACCUAUCCACUAAACAGCAACUUCAAUGUUGAAAGAUUUUAUUAGUUUUUUUAAAAACACCUAAUCUAGGCAAAAAUAAUGGGGGUUUAGUUACAUUAUAUGAUCAUACAUUGCAUAAGCCUGCCACAACGUCAAUGUACCCCAUCUUUGGCAGGUCCUACACUAACAACCUAAUGUCUGCUCUUAUGAGAUAUUUUCCCCAAGUAGGUUAAUCUCAUAAGAGCAGACAUUAGGUUGUUAGUGUAGGACCUGCCAAAGAUGGGGUACAUUGACGUUGUGGCAGGCUUAUGCAAUGUAUGAUCAUAUAAUGUAACUAAACCCCCAUUAUUUUUGCCUAGAUUAGGUGUUUUAAAAAAAAACAAAUAAAAUCUUUCAACAUUGAAGUUGCUGUUUAGUGGAUAGGUGAGUGCGCUGGAUCUUGUGUUUUGUAUUAUUUGGCCCCCAGCAGCACCCCCAUUUAUGCAUGUUCAGGUGAGUGCAGCCAACCCCCCCUUGUUUCAUAUAUAUAUAUAUAUAUAUGUAUAUAUAUAUAUAUAUAUAUAUAUAUAUAUAUAUAUAGUUAUGAUCACAAAUUUAAAGGAAUACUCCAAACCCUAUAACCACUACAGCACACUGUAGUGGCGGGAGUGCCCUGGCACUCCCCCCUUAAUUUAAAUAGUCAAACUCUUUUAGAAUGUGAGACUGCCAGGUGAUGCUCACUACAUUCACCAGAGAGCUGGAAGCUCUUUAUGUGAUCUAAGCCUGUGAUUGCACAAUUUAGCCCAGCUGACUAUCUGAGCCAAUGAGCAUACCCUGCACUGUAGGGCUUAGUUCAGGAAAGCUAAGUUGAGCAGAAAAGAGAAGUAUAAAACACCCUUACCUCUUUUUUUUUUUAUUAUUAUUUUUUUUUUUACAUUCUUUAUUUACUGUUUUAUAUUUAAUACAGAAAAGAAGAGAUAUACAGUAUAAUUCAGUAUUGCAAGAGUAAAUGAGACAGAGAUACAUGUAUAUUGUUAGCAUAUACAAACAAUCAACAUUAGGCCACUAGGUCAUUAUACUCACCAUAUUAGGAGAUAUCAAGCAGCUGUACAAAAUUGACAGCAAGUACCGUUGAUGUUGGGGAAAACAAGUCUGUGUGUUUCUACUUUUGCAUAUGUAGCGAGGGAAAAAAGUACUUGAUCCCCUGCUGCUUUUGAACAUUUGUCCACUGAAAAGAAAUGAUCAGUCUAUAAUUUUAAUGGUAGGUGUAUCUUAACAGUGAGAGACAGAAUAACAAAAAAAAAAAAAUCCAGAAAAACACGUCAAAAAAGUUACAAAUUGAUUUGUAUGUCAAUGAGUGAAACAAGUAUUUGAUCCCCUAUCAAUCAGCAAGAUUUCUAGCUCCCAGGUGUCUUUUAAACAGGUAACAAGCUGAGAUUGGGAGCACUCUCUUAAAGUGAGUGCUUCUAAUCUCAGCUUGUUACCUUUUUAAAAGACACCUGUCCACAGAAGCAAUCAAUCAGAUUCCAAACACUCCACCAUGGCCAAGACCAAAGAGCUGUCCAAGGAUGUCAGGGACAAGAUUUUAGACCUACACAAGGCUGGAAUGGGAUACAAGACCAGCGCCAAGCAGCUUGGCGAGAAGGUAACAGUUGGUGCGAAUAUUCGCAAAUGUCAGAAACACAAAAUGACUGUCAGUCUCCCAUGGUCUGGUGCUCCAUGCAAGAUCUCACCUUGUGGAGUUUCAAUGAUCAUGAGAACGGUGAGGAAUCAGCCCAGAACUACACAGGUGGAUCUUGUUAAUGAUCUCAAGGCAGCUGGGACCAUAGUCACCAAGAGAACAAUUGGUAACAUACUACGCCAUGAAGGACUGAAAUCCUGCAGAGCCUGCAAGGUCCCCCACAAUGAAUAUCUAAAUGAUUCAGAGAAGAACUGGGUGAAAGUGUUGUGGUCAGAUGAGACCAAAAAGCUCUUUGGCAUCAACUCAACUUGCCGUUUUUGGAGGAGGAGGAAUGUUGCCUAUGACCCAAAGAACACCAUCCCCACCGUCAAACAUGGAGGUGGAAACAUUAUGCUUUGGAGGUGUUUUUCUGCUAAGGGGACAGGACAACUGCACCGCAUCAAAGCGACGAUGGGGCCAUGUACCGUCAAAUCUUGGGUGAGAACCUCCUCCCCUCAGCCAGGGCAUUGAAAAUGGGUCGUGGAUGCGUAUUCCAGCAUGACAAUGACCCAAAACACACUGCCAAGGCAACAAAGGAGUGGCUCAAGAAGAAGCACAUUAAGGUCCUGGAGUGGCCUAGCCAGUCUUCAGACCUUAAUCCCAUAGAAAAUCUGUGGAGGGAGCUGAAGGUUAGAGUUGCUGAACGUAAGCCUCCAAACCUUAAUGACUUGAAGAGGAUCUGCAAAGAGAUCCUGAGAUGUGUGCAAACCUGAUGGCCAACUACAAGAAAUGUCUGACCUCUGUGAUUGCCAACAAUGGUUUUGCCACCAAGUACAUUGACAUGCAUAUCAAUUUCUAACUUUUUUGACAUGCGUUUUUUUCUGGAUUUUUGUUGUUGUUAUUCUGUCUCUUGCAGUUAAAAUUAAAGACUGAUUAUUUCUUUGUCAGUGGGCAAAUGUUGAAAAUCAGCAGGGGAUCAAAUACUUUUUUCCCUCACUGUACGUUGCCCAGACCAAUUAUGCCUCUCUUACUCAUCAAUCAACCCUGAGACAGUUUGUAGCUAUUGUUUUACCUCUUUCGCACAUCCAAGAGAUACAGGUGAUACUCAAAAAAUUAGAAUAUCGUGCAAAAGUUAAUUUAUUUCAGUAAUGCAAUGUAAAAGGGGAAACUAAUAUAUGAGAGAGACGCAUUACAUGCAAAACAAGAUAGUUCAAGCCGUGAUUUGUCAUAAGUGCGAUGAUAAUGUUUUACAGCUCAUGAAAACCCCAGAUCCACAAUCUCAGUAAAUUAGAAUAUUACAUGCAAUCAAAAAAACAAGGAGUUUACAUAGAACAAUUUUGGACCUCUGAAAAGUGUAAGCAUGCAUAUGGACUCAGUACUUGGUUUGGGCCCCUUUUGCAGCAAUUACUGCCUCAAUGCAGUGUAGCAUGGACGCUAUCAGCCUGUGGCACUGCUGAGGUGUUAUGGAAGACCAGGAUGCUUCAAUAGCGGCCUUCAGCUCUUCUGCAUUGUUUGGUCUCAUGUCUCUCAUCUUUCUCUUGGCAAUGCCCCAUAGAUUCUCUAUGGGGUUCAGGUCAGGCGAGUUUGCUGGCCAAUCAAGCACCGUAAUCCCACGGUCAUUGAACCAGGCUUUGGUGCUUUUGGCAGUGUGGGCAGGUGCCAAGUCCUGCUGGAAAAGGAAGUCAGCAUCCCCAUAAAGCUUGUCUGCGAAAAGAUGCAUGAAGUGCUCCACAAUCUCCUGGUAGACGGAUGCGUUGACCAUGGACUUAAUGAAGCACAGUGGACCAACACCAGUAGAUGACAUGGCUCCCCAAAUCAACACAGACUAUGGAAACUUCACACUGGACUUCAAGCAUCUUGCAGUGUGUGCCUCUCCAUUCUUCCUCCAGACUCUGGGUCCUUGGUUUCCAAAUGAGAUGCGAAAGUUGAUCUCAUCAGAAAAGAGGACUUUGGACCACUGAGCAACAGACCAGGUCUGUUUUUCUUUAGCCCAGGUAAGACGCUUCUGACGUUGUUUGUUGUUCAGGAGCAGCUUGACAAGAUGAAUAUGACAUCUGAAGACCAUGUCCAGGAUCCGUCUGUGUGUGGUGGCUCUUGUCCACUCCUUGUGAAAGUCCCCAACACUUUUGAAUGGCCUUUUCCUAACAAUCCUCUCCAGGCUGUGGUCAUCCCUGCUGCUUGUGCACGUUUCCCUUCCACAUAACUUUCUAUUAAUGUGCUUUGGGAACAUCCAACUUCCUUCACAAUUAUCUUUUUGAGGCUUUCCCUCCUUAUGGAGGGUGUCAGUGAUGGUUUUCUGCACAACUGUCAGGUCAGCAGUCUUCCCCAUUAUUGUGAUUCCUACUGAACCAGACUGAGAGGCCAUUUAAAGGCUCAGAAACCCUUUGCAGAUGUUAUAGCUUAUUUAGCUGAUGAGAGUGGGACACCGUGAGCCUAGAAUAUUGCACAUUUUCACAAUAUUCUAAUUUACUGAGAUUGUGGAUUUGUGAUUUUCAUGAGCUGUAAGCCAUAAUCAUCGCACUUAUGACAAAUCACGGCUUGAACUAUCUUGCUUUGCAUGUAAUGCGUCUAUCUCAUAUAUUAGUUUCCCCUUUUACGUUGCAUUACUGAAAUAAAUGAACUUUUGCACGAUAUUCUAAUUUUUUGAGUAUCACCUGUAUGUCUCUUUAUGAAUGCCAGAAACUUUGGAAGGAUUUGGUGAAAACAUUGCUCCUAAAUAAUCAAGGGAGAGACCACACAGUGUCUAUAUUUGCACUUAUAAAGUCAAUUGAAAAUGUCUAGACAUAUGGCAUGGCCCGACUAUAUUCAAUUUUUUUAUAUAAACUGAAAUGUGCAUAUCUUUCAAGUAACCCUACAAUUUCCCAAAACUUAUCAAAGGUAUAAGGGUUAGGUGGUUCUGUACUCGGGAGAUAUAAGAGCACAUUUAGAGGUGCUUUUUUUAUUUUUUAUUACCGUAGCACAAAUUGGGUUUGCAAAACACAGUUCAAUUGUAAUUUGCAGCACAGCUAAAUUGGAAUACUAUAAACCCUUUAAGACUAAUUUGUUCGUGAGAUACUGAAAAUGGUGCAAAUUAAGACACGAGUCCAGCAAAUCUGUCAUUAGUUUGGUAAAAAAAAAGUAUGGCAUAAUAUUUGGAAGUUACAGCUGAACGUGUUCACUGCAAAAAUGUCAAAAGUUAUUUGGAUCCAAACAAACAAAAUUAGGCUGUGGCACUAAGGAAUUAAAUGUAGAAACCCCAUAAAGGGGUUAAACCCAUAAAUUAAUGGUUUUAUCCCUCUUCUUGUCAGUGCCGAUGGUCCUCACCAUAAACUUCCACUCAAUGUCUGAAACCUCCUGAUUGAAGUGAAGUUAAUUUUCAUUAGAUUGUAAGCUCUUUACCUACUGUUCCCGUAUGUCAUACAUGUUUUGUUAGAAUGAAAUGUUUGUCUUGUUUACCUCGUGUACAGUGCUGCAGAAUAUGUGCUAAAUAUAACAUAGUGAUUUUGGAAUAUAGAUGCUGUCCCUUUUCUCAGACAAUAUAAAGCAUUGACUUUUAACAAAAUAAGAAUUUCUAUAUUUUGCAAAGAAAACACCUUUAGUGUUUCGAUUUUUGAAGAUCUUCACAUUCUGCAUCAUCACACACAGUAUGAAGACUCCAUUUGCUGCUGUUACUCAUUUGAUCAUUUGGUUGCAGAAACCGUACGAUUGAUGUGCAUGCACAAUAAGACAUCAGUUCUUCAACUUUUUAAAAUGUUUCUUCUCACAGUUGGAGCUCUGUAUCUAAACUACUGUAGGAACACUCUAAAGUUAAAAUAAAUUAGUAUCCAAUGCAAUACCCUUGUAUUUUUCUCUCAUCCAAAAUCAGUAAAUAAAAAAAAUGUCAAUAAAUAAACAUAGAGCGUACCUUUAAACCUAAUAUGUGGAAGAGCAGGUAUAGCAGCAAUGUUCUAAAUAUCUGCCAAUACCGUCUGUGUCCUUGCUACUCUACGACAGAACUGUGUGGUAAUAUUUCAGGGACCCUGUAGUCACCAGAACAACUACAGCUUAAUUUAUUUGUUCUGGUGAGUAGAAUUAUUCCCUUCAGGCACUGUGUUUUCAGAAAAAAUGCAAUGUUUACAUUACAGCCUAUGGAUACCUCCAAUUGCCACUCCUCAUAUGGCUGCUAGAGGUGCUUCCUGGGCCAAUACUGCACAGUGUGCAGCACUGCCAUUUAGUGUCUCCACCCUCUGCAUGCAGACACUGAACUUUCCACUUAGAAAUGCCUUGAUUCAAUGCAUUUCUGUGAUGAGAUGUUUAUUGGCCAGGGCUAUGUUUGGCUUGUGCUGACUCUGCCCCUGACCUGCCUCCUUGACAGACUCAGACAAUUCUAUGAGAAAGCAUUGUGAUUGGCUCGGAUAAUCUUUGCUGAUCAUGUAAGCCAAGGAGGCAGAUUAGUGGCAGAGGCAGCAGCUGCAGACCCAAAUAAAAGUAAGAUUUUACUCUUUUUAGGGGAGCCAGAAGGGCUAAAUGGUGUUUUUAACACUAUAGGGUUGCAUUCCUGACCCUACAGUGUUCCAUUAAUGACUAAAUCAUUUACAGAUAUGUAAUGAAAACUGGCAUCAUAUAACAAAAAAAGGUUUACACAAACUAUAGGUAAUUUUAAAUAGUACAAAAUGUAAGGUCUCUUGUGCUUGUUUGUGUUUGUUUGUGUAACGUUAAUACCCAAUACGCAGAGUAGAAAUCACCAGAACAAUAGAGAUAGGUAGAAAGUCCCUAAACCGUUCCUUAGAAUGGCCGGAAUAUAAUAGAAACUAUAAGAAAUGCCAGAAACAAGCCAAGGUCAAAGAAAGCUAGAAAUACACAAUAGCGAGGAACGUAGCCAAGUCUGGGAAGCCAGAAAUCAGAUACAAUACACAAAGAACAAUCAAAAGAAUAGAGGAACGCGCUGAGGAACACAAGGCACACUAAGAACCACAACAGGGCACUGAUUUGGAGGCAGACUGGGCUUUUAUAUGAUUGGGGGCUUGAUUUUCAUAACCACGUCCCCAAAAGGUACGUGUACGUUGAGCUCUCUUGUUUAGAGCUCUUCUGACCACAGGGCCUUGGUACGCAUGCGCCGCCACUUUAAAAGGGGCGGGCGCAUAGUGGCCGGCAGCCCUGAUGCUUAAUGCAUCCUUUCCUGGUGUGGGAGUGGCGGUCCGACCGAUCCCGAUGUCAGUAGACUUUUUUGGAGCUAGUAAUUAGUUCCAAAUAUAUGCGUUCAGGCAGUAUAAACCCUGCCUAUGGAUCUGUGGAAUAUCUUGAGUCUUUACGGUUGAUAGUUGUUUUGGUAGCUAGUGUGGUAUGAGCUCCCUAGCUCAAGGUAUUCAGGAUUUAUGCUUUUUAGUGUACAGGAGGUUAGUAGCACAAAGUCACCAAUAUAUUCACUAUAUAUAAAAGAAUACAAAUAUAUAGUCCUCUAAGUAGUAAAAUAAACAUAGGCGAUAAAAGGAGAUAUACUUACUAGUGGAGAGCAAAAAAAUGGGUUUUGCUCAAUCCUUGCAGCUUAGGUGGCAUGUUCCCCACCAUGGAAUAUGAUGUCAGGAUCUUUUAAAUAAAAUCAUCUGGAUAAAAUCAGGAAGGUCCAAAUACGGUUAAAAAUAACAAAAUGUAUAAAAAAAAAAGAUUAAAACCAUAAAAGGAAUAAACACUAAUGCAUUUUUCCAAAGAUUACAGUCUUUCUCAAAGUGUCCUAAAUUAUUAACAGAUAUUUAAUGGAAACUGGCAUUACAUGAAAAAAGGUUCACACAACAUAUAGAUUAUUUUAAAUAUUUUAUUCAGUGAUGUGAUGAUUUAGUAGGAGAUAUCCUCUCCUACUAAAUUAUGGCAUUUCAAUAACUUCCCUACAUUCUACUACGCCAAUCUUGAAGGAAACCGUAAAAAAGGGGAGUAGUUAUUGUUUUGUCUAAAAACCUCAAAUUAGAAUUUAUGCAUUCUGAAAGUAAUCCUAAUGGUAGAUUUAUUCUUCUAAUUGCUAGGAUAAAUGAUAAGAUUUUUAUUCUGGUGAAUAUAUAUGCCCCGAACGAUUUCUCAAUGAGUUUCCUGGAUGAUUGCAUCUCCAGGUGAAGUGUGGAAACUUAAUCGUGGGAGGGGAUUUUAAUUGCAUUCCCAAUUUAAAAUUAGACAAAAAGCAAAAAUGAAUGGGACCCCAAAAUUAAAACAUCCAUCAAUAAAUUCAAUGACUUUUUGUUCAAAAAUUCACUUUACGAUUCAGAACUUUCAAUCCAGUUUUGAGAGAUUAUACAUAUUUCUCUCAUGUUCAUCAGACAUACUCCCGUAUAGAUUUUUUUUUUUAGCUAGGCCUAUUUUUCUGGAUAAGAUUAUGGACUCUAGGAUUGGCUCAGUUAUUCUAUUGGACCAUGCCCCAGUAUUUUUAACACAAUUCCAACCUUCUUUAGAUGAAGACUGAAUAAAAGCCUCUUACGAAUAGAUGAGGUAGCCACUGACUUUGCUUGGGAAUUAGACUCCUUUAUUCAAAAUAAUGAUAAUGGGAUGGUUUCUACAUCUAUUGUUUGGUGUACUCAAAAACAUUUCACUAGAGGGGUUCUAAUAAAAGCUGGCUCGAGACAAAAGAAAAACAAAGAUGAAAGUAUCUCUACAUUAUAUAUUAAGUUGGCUAAAUUAGAAAGAUUAAAUAAGCUAGAAACAACUCAAAACAUUACUAACGAAAUUACACGCCUGCAACACGAUAUGAAUAAAAGGAUUCAGGAUGAGGUUAAUAAAUCUAUAACAUUUCUUAAGCAAAUAUGGUAUCACAAUAACAAUAAGGUUAGUAAAGUCCUUACGAAUAGACUGAAAGAUACUUUUAAGGAUAAAACAAUUGAAAAAAUAAUAGAGAUUUGUGUUUUUUUUAAGGAGGAGAGAAGUGUUUUUUAGGUCCUAAAGAUAUAUCUCUGGCUUUUGUAGAUUCCUAUACGGCUUUAUGUAACAUACCAGAUUCUAAGGUGCCUAGUUUGGAAAUUGAUGACUUUUUGAAUAAACAACAUAUUCCGAAGUUAUCUCAUGAAAAACUUAAUCAGCCGAAAGCUUUAAUUAGCACUUUGGAAAUAACUAACGCAAUAAAAAAAAUCUUAAAACUAACAAAGCCCCUGGACCGGAUGGUUACUCAGCAAUGUUUUAUAAAAUCUUGGCCCCCAUAUUACAGAAAGUAUUUCUGGAAGUUUCUAUUACAAAUACCUUUCCUAAAGAGAUGUUGUUGGCAUCUAUCAUCCCGAUCCCUGAACCAGGAAAAGAUCCUACAAAUACUACAAACUAUAGACCGAUUUCCUUAAAUCUAGACAUAAAAAUCUAUUCUCAUAUUUUAGCAAACAGAUUGAAACUAGUAAUCUCUGAUCUGAUUUUGGUGCAUCAGUCGGGCUUCAUCAGGGACAGAGGUACAAAGGAUAAUAUCCGCAGAAUACUUAACUUGAUAAUCAAAAGUAAUCUUAUCAAUUCCCAAAUGGUUAUUUUGGACCUGGAUGCAGAAAAAGCAUUUUAUAGGGUUAAGUGGAGAUUUUUAGGUAGUGUAUGUGGGUUUCAUGGUCCCUUUAAAGAUAAAAUUAUGUCACUAUACACCGAGCCAGCGGCGAAAAUUAUAAAUCCUUUCUUUGAAUCAUCCAUAUUUCCAAUAAAUAAUGGUACGAGGCAAGGUUGCCCAUUGGCUCCAUUACUUUAUAUCUUGUCUAUCGAGCCACUGACUAUCAUUAUUAGGGAGAAUAAAGAAAUCCGUGGGAUUGAAUUAGCCGAUCGUGAAUAUAAAGUCUCCCUAUUUGCUGGUGAUGUACUUUUGUCCCUGGUGAAGCCCUCAAUUUCUAUUUCAGAGGUUAUAAAAACUAUUGAGAAAUAUGGAAAUGUUUCAAAUGAUAAAAUAAACACAAGAAACAACAAGAAAAUGCAAAUUCUGGUGCUAUAUAUAUCUGAGGCUAAAUUAUCUUUACUCAAGUCUAAAUUCCAAUUUAAUUGGAACCUGGAGUAUAUUGAGAAUUUGGGUAUCACACUAUCCUUUAAUAUUCCGAAUAUAUUGCACUGAAAUUAUGAAGACUUCUAUACUUUAAAUCAUAAGCAAUUGACUAAGUCAGGCAAAAUCGAAAUUUCAUGGUUGGGGCGAUUGAAUAUAGUGAAUGCAUAUUCUGUUCCGAAAUUGCUAUUUUUAUUCAGGUUCUUACCCUUUAAACUAGGCAAAGAUAGGAUCCUACAAUUUCAAAGAUUGUUUUCUAAAUUUUAUCUGGGGUAAUCAAUGCCCGAGAAUAUCCCAGAGGAUCUUACAAAACAAAUAUGACAAAGGUGGAAUUUUAUUCCCAUAGUUACAUCUAACAUGUCUAGUUGCUAAUUUGAUGGUAUGAACUAAACUAAAUAUUCAAAAUAAUGCCUGGUUUCAGAUUGAACAAGAAAAUUACCCACAUGGCAAUUUAGACACUGUAUUCUGGUCAGAUGAACCGACUGUAUUUAAUCAAAGAAAUGCUUCACAUCAAUUGAUAGAAUGGCACAUUUUUAAAACCUAGAUCUGCAACAAUCCUGAUGUUUCUAGUCCUGCUCUUUAUAUUUAAUAACUAUAUUUAUCAUUGUGUCCAGUUAUCUGCUUCUGAGUAGUCUACAUGAACUCCUGCAGAUGCAAGUAUCUAUGGAUGCUCAAUAUAUAUUUUACAGGAUGUAAAUGGAGUUUUACUUCAUAUUUCUUUUUCAUUUCAGUGUGUGAUCUCUCCAUCAUGAUGUUUGUAUGAAGAGACACAAAGGCAAUUUGACACUGUAAAAUGCCAAGGAAAAGAAAGAGUCUGGUUCUUAGUCCUUUAAGAAAGGCCUCCGCCUCUACUUCAGCUAGCUGGCCACCGCUGCCAUCAUCUUCAUCUUCUGCUGUACCACCUCUACCACAAGCAAUGAGUAAUAAAUGCAAUGAGAGGCUGCUUAGCAGAAUGUGCGAGAUGUUCUCCAACCUGGAUCCUACCCUGGUGGAAAUGGUUCUCAGUGAAUACAAAGAAGGUAAACAUAUUUCACUAUUCCUUAUAUAGAAUGUUAGAAAAUGACACUAGCAUGCUACAUAAUUGAAAAUUGUCAAACUGUUUUCCUAGUUUUAACUUGACUGGUAGGAAUACAUAUAUGUAUUCCCAACACUAUAGUGUUCUUCUCAUUAUUUCAAUUUUCCUUAGCUGAAAUCAUAAGUCUUGGUGAAACACUAAAAGACUAGUGAGCAUGUGCAGCAAAAUUAUUAUUCAACGGAAGUUCCUCUAGUGGCCGUCAGGAAGAUAGCCACGAGAGUUAUGUUUAACCCUUCAGUGGAAACAUUGAUUUUUCUACAGAACUGCAAUGUUUUACAUUGCAUGGUUAAAACUAAAUGGCUACUGCACCCAAACCACUUCAUUGAGAUAUAGUGGUAAUUUAAGUCUCUAUAUAUCCCUGUUAGUAAACAUAACAGGGAAUAAAAACCUUAUGUCAUGCCGGGUUAGUGUUUCAUAAAAUAUAUGUUUCAUAAUUCUAUGACUGGCUCUAGGAAGGACUAUUUUAUUCUACAUUACAUUUCAAUUUUUUAAAUCAUUUUAUUUAUAUGUUUGUCUAUUUAUAUAUUUUUUUUUUCUGUGUGAUUAGUUGAGGUUGUAGAUCAUCUUUUGGAGCUUUCAAAUGCAGCAAAAAUGGAAUCCCAGUCUGAAUCCGCAGACAAAUAUGGUUUUGAUAUGAUAGCAUCAUACCUGGAUGGCGAUCAGGUAAAUUUGAGCCCUGGAAUACUUGGAGAUGUUGCUAAUGAACCCACUUCAACUGAAGAAUCUCAGGCUGAAUUUUGUAUGGACAUGGCACUGUCUAAUGACCUAGAUUCGUUGUUAGAUGAGGCACUUAUUCGAUUCAGCAAUUCAGAACAUGCUCCUGACACAGCAGAGUGUAACAUGUUUGACAAUGUUGACUUUCAAGAUUUACUUCAAACUGCCUCUGCUGAAGAUGUCUCAUUCCCCUUGCAGCAUUCAGAGACCGAUGGCCACACUUCAGGAGACAUAGACAUUGCAUAUCACAUGUACCUGGGCAUUCCGGAAAACAAAGUCAAUGACGCAAUUACUGAUUGUAGUACAGAAACAGAAUUCACAAAGACAUCUGAGAUGAAUGAUCUGGAAAGAGAGUUCAGCGUAAAACUAGAUAUGUUUUCAGAACCUGCAAAACAGUCAUCCCAAGCUUCUGCUUGCGUUCCAGAAUCCAUUGAGAAGAUUGAGACAGGUGAUCAAAAAGUUAAUCCUUUUGAUGUUAAACCAGUAUCCAUCCCUUCCAGGAGCUCAUUGUCACAUGAAUCUUGUAAGUAUCAACAGGUGUGGAAUCCUUUGGCUCCGACAUUUUACCCUGUAUCCGUUCCAACACAAAGAUUUGUUACACCGGUUUCCACUGCUCCUGCCACAUGGACAUUUGUUACAGAUCCAACAAUUGUUGCUCCAGGCACCUACUUCACUCCUCCUGUGGCCCCAUACACAUGGAAUAUUGGCCAAUUUUCUCCAAACAACUGGUAUGGUAACCAUGUAACAUCCACAAGUCAGCAUGAAGCUGAGCCGCAAACAGUUCUUCAGAGCCCCAAAAAAAUGACACACUUUGCAGGAAAAGUGCUUAUUUUGCUGAGAGGUGCUCCUGGGUCUGGGAAAUCUACACUGGCAAGGUAGGGAAUCAUUCUUUACUCGGUCACUAAGUCAAUAUAUAUGGUUCUAACAUAAUUGUACAUCGUGUGCAACUACUGUGCUUGGACUGUUGAAAUAUAUUUUUUCUUUUUUAUCAUGGAAUUCUCAUAAUUCUGUCUAUAUGUUAUUAUUUUUCUCUUUAUAUGCCUGCUUUUAAAGUAAAUGCUAAUUUAAUUUAAUAUGUUCAUUUUUUUUUUUUUUUUUUAAACCAUCUUAUAUCUUUGGUUUGGUCAGAAUGUUAAUUAAAGUCUAUUAGUAGAGACUUUCUGGAUACCACACUCACCAAGUAACCCAGGUGCUCUAAAGCCAGGGCUGGCCAGGCCUCCCUUCCAAGAUAUGCAGAAUAAAUAACGGUUCAGACACUCCGUGAUAACAAAAAAUAGCAGCUUUAUUGGGGCAAAAACAGCAACAUUUAAACCCUACCGGGUCUUUAUCAAGCUCAUAAAGCUCGGUAAAGACCUGGGAGGGUUGAAACAUUGCUGGUUUUGCCCCAAUAAAGCUGCUAUUUUUUGUUAUCCCAGAGUACCUGAACCGUUAUUUAUUCUGCAAUUAAAGUCCAUUAAGCAUUCCUUCUUUUUCUCUUAGCUCUUUGUGCAACUUGACUGGUGACUGACCUAGGUCUCAAUCAAGUUACAUAGCAAUUGGGCCAAGUAACAUUAUUUUACGGCAACCAGGAAGAGUGGGGGUGGGGGCCGGGGGGGUGGGGGAGGACAGUAGGUUCACCCCCCCCUCAUUAUCAUUAUGGCCCCCCACCCCAGGGGGGGGGGGAGGAGAGUAGGUGAAAGAGUCCCUGUGGGUCCCACAGGUGAAAAGAGUCCCUGUGGGUCCCACAGGUGAAAAGAGUCCCUGUGGGUCCCACAGGUGAAAGAGUCCCUGUGGGUUUUAAAAUUCGCCUGCCUAUUGAAGUCUAUGGCGGUUCGCCGGGUUCGCGAACAUUUGCGGAAGUUCGCGUUUGCGAACCGAAAAUGUUAUGUUCGCGACAUCACUAAUAGUGAAUGGUUAGCUAACGUAUAACAAAUUAUAGUAAUAGUGGAAUAACAACAAGCUUCCUUCAAUGAUUUGGGUUGGUACUUUAGCUAACACGGUUAUUCAAAACCGAGAAUUGCUGGGAAUUUAAAAUGAAUUACAGCAUUUAUGCCCAAAGUAGUUAAAUUAGAAAUAAAAAAUCUCCAAGUCAUUCCUAUUUUCAGGCUGGCUAUUUGGCUUUAUAUUUGAAAUUCACUUUACAUUCUCAGUAGCUAUUACUUUAGAGAAUAUCCCUUAUCUGAGGAGUAGCGCAAAUAAGCAGAACAAGAUAAGCAUGCCGUCGUAGUUACAGCGCCAGGUGAUCCCUGGAGCUAACCCAUUGGAAGUAGUCAAGUCAUUUUAGAGUGGUUUGAUUGCUAACUUGGGUCUUCUGGAUGCCUCUCCCAUCCCCACUAGUUCCGACAGGAUGUCUGAAGCUGGUAAGCAGGAUCUUCUAUUAACUCUCCUGAACUCAGCAGUGCAGGGCUAGCUUAUUGCCUGAGAGGGUCUGCUGAUGGCUCCAUGCCAAUAAACAAAGCCCUGCUCUUGCCUCUCUAUCUGCGGUUCUGGAGGCAAGGAGUGGCCCCCUGCAAGAAGUCCAAACCAUUUUAAAAUGGUAUGACUACUUACAAUGAAAGGGGCACCAGGGCACCCCUGGCACCAUAACCACUACAUCCCACUGUAGAAGUGAUGGUGCUUGGAUUGUGUUUUUUUUUAUUUUAAAAAUUCUCUUGUCUGUGAAGAAUAGAAUGAAAAGCAUAUAAUAAAAAAUACAUUUUGUAUCUCUUUUUAUUUUUUAUUAUCAUAUAAAUCUUCAGAAUUCCCUUUUAUCAAAAUCGCGGAAUACACCACCUUUUAUUUUCUGGAUCACUUUGAACAAAAAACAGCAGUUCCUUUAAGGUCAAGCAGUAGGGCAUCUUCUGUUGGGUAGUUGAACACAGGGUACUGUGAAAUUUGAUGAGGAUACAUAUUACUCACAGAGCACAAGGAAGAAGACAGUAUGCUGCAGUUGGAGUCUGCCAUGGUGUAUAAUAUAAUACUCAUUACUCAGUAAGAGCAUGAUGUUAGUGUGAUGCACCGUAGUAUAAAGUACUAUAUAUAUAUAACCUGUAUCUUUUAUUGCAGGAUGUUGUUGCAGAAAAACCCAUUUGGAAUUAUCCUAAGUACAGAUGAUUAUUUUGCUCGGGAAGGCCUGUACCGAUAUGAUCCAUCCUGUUUAGGAGAGGCACAUGAAUGGAAUUAUAAACGUGGUAAGAAGUUUAAAUUAAUGCGUUCUUUUAAUCUUGGCAUUGUUUUAUGUCGAAACCUAUAAUAAUAUAAGGGAUUGCUGUAUGAUAAAUAUAUUGUUCAAAAUGCUAUAUUUUCUUUUGCCUGCUAAUAAAGACACUUCAAAGUAUGUGUAGAUUGUGAAUUGGCAGACAGGGCACCCAUUGCGUACUGCAAUCGGUUCCUUUGUGCUAAAAUAAGUUUUUUUUCUGUUUUGUUUCAUUGUUUUGUAUUUAGAAAUCUACACGGAUGGGAUAGGGAGGCGUGAAGGGCUGCUAGGAAGGGAGUCAUAAGAUUCCCCUUGCAGGGAACGCAUUGCACGCUGAUGACAGUUGUAAAAUUUGCACAGAAUUGACAUUUGGCAGCCUGAAACAUAGCUACGGGCUGCCUAAGUUGUGUGUGCCAGGGCUGUAAGCUAGCCGCCAGCGCACAAGUGGUGGUGGACCAGCCAAGUUGGAAAUAAGGUGGUAGGUCUCUACCAAUCACUCAUUGAGAGCAAUAAUGAUAGAUUAAUCCACCAAUAUUAGAGGAUAAGUGAGGAGCACUCUCAAAUCACGUCCAUUCUACAUGAAUUUCAAGCCCCCUUAAUAUAUAUAUAUAUAUUUCAGGGGAAAUUGGUACUUUUAUAGCGUCUCUAGGUUGUGCCCUAACCAGUUAUCAGUUGCACAGCUGGGAUAGUACCCUUUCUAGCUUCUCUGUUCCCCAGUACAAAGCGGCUGUGAAGGCUUCUCAUUGGUCUCAAUGUCUCUCUUUAAGAAGCAUUGCAGGCACAGUGCAUUCUGUUGGCCAGACGAUCAUCACUGGCGGAGAGAGCAAAAGACCUUCUUGCCACUAGAUUACAGAUAAGUUUAAUAUUUAUUUUAGGGAAUUAUGGAUGUUUCCAAAUCUAAAUAUAAAGCGUUAUACAUAUAUGUUUAUAAUUGUUUAAUAUACAAUUAAUUUGAGGGGCCACUUUACCACCCUGGGUCCUAGAAUUUCCAUUGCAUUUUACAACUGCUAAAAUUGUCUGUGCUAAAAACCGAAAAAUAAUGUGUGAAUAUGUGUUUUUCAGCCAAAGAAGCCUUUGAGAAAAAUGUGUCACCUAUCCUCAUAGACAACACCAAUAUGCAAGGAUGGGAAAUGAAGCCCUAUGUGUCUUUGGUCAGGCAAUUUCGCCAAUAUAUGUUUACAUGACAUUUUAUAGAUGUUCUAAUUGUAAUAUUUGUAUCUCUAAAGGUGUUGAUGAUGCUUGGACAUUGACCUGUCAUGCGCAAAUGUGUGUGUGUUACAUGGGCCGAUUUAGAAAUAUUACAUGAUUUAAAGUUUUGGCCAGUUUAGUGUCUAAACUAAUGUCCUCUAAACAUUUUAGUAAGAAAUCCAGUGAAUAGAAUUGUUAUAAUUCCAUAUUUCAGUUUAUAUAGAUUUUUGUGUAAUUAAGUUUUUAUUUUCUUUUAAGACCUUUUUCUAGAUUGGACUGGGAUUUUAAUCUAGUGGUCACUCUCCAUGAGAGUGGCCUCUUCGGUUUUUCCUCUAUAUUUAUAUAUUACAUUGGGUUACCCCCGUUUUCCUAGUCUAGAUGACCACAUUGGUUAAGGCACAGGGUGUGAGAGCUCUGUUAAGCCCUUAUCCGCGACCUUUACCUCUCCUUCUCAUUAUUAGUUGUCAUUACAUUUUCUCAACUGGUUUAGUACCAAAGCAUGUAGAACAUGUCAAAAUCCUUGGAUCCUAUUCCCCAUGCUGCCAUGUGUUGUAGGAUGCAACAUUUUAGGAUUCAGCAUCAAGCAAUGUUUGAUGUGCACGUACAUCUUAUUUCCCUUUAUGCCUCUGGAUUUCAUCUAAUCAUAUUUUCUCUGUACAUUUGAUAGUACAAUGCUUAGAUUAAAUCAAGGAUUACAAUUUGAAGUCCUAUGCUUCUAGCGAGACCCAGAAUCGGAUUAGCGAUAAGGAGGUCUGAGACAGGAUAACAGGGAAGCCUCCCAGAUCUAGCAGAGAGGAAGGUGGAUAAAACAGAGUUCAAUGUGUGUGUUUGUGCAUGUCACUAAUAUAUGUAUGGCUGUGUGUAUCGGUUUGUGUACAUGUGUCUGUGUGUAUCUGUAUGUGCUGUGAGUUUGUGUAUUACAGUGUGUAUGGAAGUAUGUAUCUGUGGCAGUUCAUGUCUGUUUAUGUAUAUGUGUGUCUGUGUGUACAUGUAUAUGCUGAGUGUAUGUGUAUGGCAGUGUGUAAUUGUUUGCAUGUGCUGUGUGUAUGGAAGUAUGUAUCUCUGUGGCAGUGCGAGUCUGCUUGUGUAUGUCUGUGUGUACAUGUAUGUGCUGAGUAUAUGUAUGGGGCAAUGUGUGUUUGUGUAUAUGUGUGUAUUUGUGGUGUGUAUAUGUAAUAUGUAAUAUACACAGCACAUAAGUAAUAUAAUAAUAAUAUGUGUAUAUCUUUGCCUAGCAUUGGAUCCCUAGUUUACUGAGGUUGCAGAAAUAAUUUUUACCUGAAGGUUUUUUAUUUCAUUAUUUUAAUGGUUUUUUUUGUGUUUUUGCUACCAGGCCGUGAAACACAAAUACAAAGUAAUGUUCCGUGAACCAGAUACUUGGUGGAAGUAUAAACCAAAAGAACUUGAAAGGUAAUAUUCGAAAUCUGAAGAAUUUCAUAAUGAAGUCAAUUGGCAAAAGUUUCAUAAAGUAAUAAUUUUACCCUUAGAUCUAUAACUUGUGUUUCAUUAAAAUAAGGAAAAGUUAAAUGUGUGUUGCUGUCUGAGCAAUGUGUGUAUCUUUGAAGUUGCAUACUAUUUUACACUGACUACUAGACAAUGACUUAUUAGGCCGGUGACCUUAUAACAGCAUCACCAUGUGUUGUAGCCAAUCAUGAGAGGCUUGUUUUGCUUAAAAUUGGUUAGAUUCCAAUCUAUUAUUUAUUUAAUAAUUCUUAUAUAACAUUAAAAGGCCAGUGUUGGUUAACACUGACAUACCAAGACGUUGAUGAAAUAUCUGCAAAUUAGUCACUUACUUUAGCUUGCACUAAUGAGGUUAUUCCACAAAAAAACAAGUUUUGUCUAGAUGGAGAAAAUUAAAUUAAAAUAAAAUAAUUCAAUCCAGAUUUGCAGAACAACAUAGGAGUUGCAGCUGUGGAUGUUAACUGUUUGGUUAACACUUCUCUUCUCAAGUCUUAUGUCAGUAAUGCCAGGUGUACUUGGCAUCCCCUAGCAUUGCUGGCGAGAUUUAGAAUUUUAAAUAGCGUAAUAGGAGGCUGCUGGCAUGUCUUCAUAUUGUGUGGUAUAGUCAUGCUGCCACCUGAUACCCAUGGGUGGAGGCUGGGGGAGUGAACCAUUGACAGGUCACUUACAUCCAUUACUUAUAUGCUGCUGAUAGAUGGGUGCGAGGGGAGGAUAUCUUCCCACCCCCAUUACAUUAAUAUCCCCAUCUGAUGAUUCAGGACUGGGCGGAAACAUUGUCAGUUUUACCCCUCCAUUAGUAAUGCCAGUGUGUUGGGGCUGGAUGGGUAAACCAAUAGCAAAUACCCCAGUAUUAUUAGAGGCCCAUCUCUUGGGCCUUUAGCAACCGGGUAAACAUAGUUGCCCAGUGACUUUUUUAUUUUAUUAAUUCUUUAUUUUUGUAGUGCUUUGCAAGUUGUACAUAUUAACAGAGGCAAUGCAUUUGGUAUCAACAAAAUAUCAACUGGUUGAGUACAUUACAUGCCUGAUUCACUGCACUUUUUUAAGAUUACAUUAUAACAUCAAGAUAUGCGUACUUGUAAAAUGGUUGCAAAACAUAAGCUGAGCAGGCUGAUAGGGGUUAGAGAGGCGCUUUAACAAUUUAAUAUUCCCGUGUGCAAGAGAGUCCCCCCUAGCUUAUAAACAUGACACAUUAUAAAGAGUUUUCUGCUUAGUUAACUUCGAGCAGAUAUAUUCUAGGCUGGAAGUACUCACCACAGGUUAUAUGCUAAGCAUUACUGUUAUUACCCUGCUGGGUGCUGGUUUGCCCCUUCUGUGACGGAAGUCGUUACCUGUGUCCUGUGUGCAACGAUGGGGAAAUUUUUGGGCUAUGUGUCUAGCAGGUAAUUUAUAUAUAUAUAUAUACAUAUAUAUAUAUAUAUAUAUAUGGAGCUCAGAGUAAGAAAUCUAAGAAAUAACAUAUGAGAAAUCCCUCAGCGGGCACACUAUGGCUAACGGGCAGGCUUUGGCAUCGCUACAUGAAGCUAAUUAUAAAAUAAAAUAAACAGGUAAACAUUUUGCUCAUAAGGUAAUUUAACUUUUGAGGAAGAGAUAUUUCCAUGCCAUCGCACAGUUCCAGGGGGGGGAGCAAGUCCCCAGGAGUCCCGCACAGCCCCCCUAUUUAGCCUAUGCCUUCCAGCGUCAGAGUCUCUACUUGCUGCCCUUCGCCGGAUCGGUCCAUCAUAGAUCCCCAUCCCGAGGCCCCCGAUGUCAGGCUCUUCUGCUUGUGGAGGCGGAGGUCUGCUGCAGAGCUAUCUGUGUGAGAGCUGUCCCCUGCAUCCCAUCUGUUUCUUGCCCGCUGUUGUUGGAUGCCGCUCGUUGUGUGUCGUGGGAUUACCUGACUCAGGGCUUCGUGCGGAGGUUGUGCUAGUGUCGUGCUGGAGCUUGGGGGGUAGGUUCACUUGCGGCCUCCAAGGCUUUUCCAGCAUGCCUGACUGUCUGGACGGCUUAAGGGUGGCCCCAUGUAUGGGCCGUCGUGCUGGUGAUUUGCAGUUGGCUUGGUUCUUUCUGUGGGGAUCCAGGCGCCUCUGCCGCCGUUUGACUCGGAGCCGGCUCCGAUCUGGAGUUAGUCGCUGAGGAUGCCUGUGGUUUCUCCGAGGUGGCUGUGUUCGGGCCUUCGGGAUGGUAUGCUGUCGCUGGUGACCGCUGGAUUUUCAUUGCAGCCGGCUCCAGAAGUUGGUGAGUAUUUCCUCCAGUUUUUCUUUGAGUGUGAGUGGUGCGUAGCUGGGUUGGUGGGGACAUGUGGCCUCCGCCAUCUUGGGUAGCCGGAGGUGCUUGGCUACUGCUUCUGUAGGGUCCCCCCUCUUGUGCACUGUGUCCCAGCAGCCUCCGAGGUGUGGACCGGCAUCACCCCCACCGAUCCAAAUGGGGGGGGAACAGGGCAGCAUGGUGGCUUCAGCCCAUACACCGGGCACACUAGGCCGCAGAUCAAAGACGAGGUGAUUACUUGUCAGACCUGCUAAAAAAAACGACAGGUUGUGAUGCAGGCAGGUGUAAUCUUGGUUUGUAGUUGAUUUGGUAUGAUUUCUGCGUUGCUUAUUUGCAAUUUAGCCGUAUUUUUAUGAUUAGAGGUCCAGAGCUAGAAGAAAGCAUGUCCGGCCAUCUUGAUGGUCAGGCCCCGCCCCUGACUUUUUUUGUUUUAUUCCUCUAACUGCUUGGCAGUGGAGGAAGUAAAAGGUGACCAAAGACUGGUCCCCCCUGCUUAUUCUCAUUAUCACAAUACCCCAUGCCCAGUGGUGUAUUUUGGAUUUGUGCUGCUCUAGGCAUAACUAACUUCGGGCACCCCCAAAAUCUAAAUUUGCCCCCACAAUAUGUGUCAAGGCCACUUUUUUGACUGACAGACACAUACCCUCAUUGAUACAUGCACUAAUAUACACUCACUAACAGAUACACAGUCAUUGGAAAACACAUACAGUUAUUGUCACACAUUGUUUAACCAACAGACACUUUCACUGACAGACACACACUGACACACACACUCACUGACAGGCACACACUCUCAGAUACACAUAAAAUGACAUACACACACUGACACACUCACAGGCACACCCAUUCUCACUGAAAGACACACACACUUUCCCUCACUCACAGACACACACUGACAGCUACACUCACUCACAAUAAGGUGGACAGCCCCAGAACACGAGGCAAACAAGGCACUUGUCUGGGAGCUUGGGAUGAAAUUUUUUUGACGCCCCCCCUGAAAGUGCUGCCCUAGGCAAAUGCCUUGUUUGCCUUGUGGUAAAUACAUCCCUGCCCAUGCCACUGCUCUGGAGAUGAAGCAGUACUUACUGUGCAUUUUUGAUAAGUGUUAAUGGAUAUUUAUAUGCUUUUAUUAAAGAAAAGAACAAAAAACCUGGGCAUUGAUAAAUCUUGUGAACAAUGUAUGGAUUUUGCAGUCCAGAUUUGAUUAGCGUUUAGUGAAUAAUCAUAUAAUUCCCUCUCCGCAAACAGGAUAUCCUGCAUGUUUUACACUAAACUACGUAAUUUAAAUUAUUUGGUGUAAGCACACAGUGUUUCAUCCUUAGACUAGAUGCAAGUAUUAUUAAACUUUACUUGUGUAGAAAAUAGUUGAAAUUUUAAAAUCGUUUCUGGUGCCUUUUAAACAUGUUUCAAAUGUGAUUUAUUAUUGUGAUAAUAAAAGGAAGCAAUAUUUCAAUACAUGCAGUGAGCUGUGUAGAACAGAAUACAUGGGCCAUUUUUGGUGGCCAGGUGUAUAUUUCGGUUGAAAUGUAGCACACUGUAUUCAAGGUGAACUUUUUUGUCCUUCAUAAAAAUAUUUUUUUACUGUGAUAUCUUCCUAUAUUCAGGCGAAACAAACACGGAGUGAAGAGAGACAAAAUCGCAAGAAUGUUAGAUAGUUUUGAGCGCGUUACUGUCAAUUCCAUCUUGAAUUUAUCGCACCCCAAAAUUUCAGAAAAAGCUAAUGUUGGUCAAACAACUCUGGCAAACAAAGAAGGGUAAGAUGGAAAUAAUAUUGCAUUAUUAAAUACUAUCGUCAUGCUAAUUUUGAUUUCUCUCCCUCCUACUUUAAGCUCUCAAAACCUUUUCCAAAACGCACAUAUGUAUAUAGAUUAAUACACCAAUAUAAUGGAGUAUUCCUUUAAGUGACCUUUAAUAUAAAUGCAUUUUAGUCUGUAGCCAUGAGAGCUCAUGCUCAUUGUAUAAAUUUUUGUGCAAAAAGUACCCAUUUCUCAUUGCAUGCAUUAACUUAUACCUGCAGUGAUGGCAAAUAUCACUGCAGCUAUACCUGCCCUUUUUGUUACAGAUGUCAGAGCAGAGAAAUCUAUUUCUGGCUGGCUAUACAAAUAAUUGUAUUGCAAAGCUACUUCUUGGUCUGAGCAGAGCUCGCUGCUAUUACUGUUAAAAUGCAACAACUGCAGAAAGGGACACUCCAAGCACCAAUGUGACUUUAGUUCAAUAAAGUGGUUUUGGUAAAUAGAUCAAUCCCCUGGAGUUUAAGUGCUCACUUCUCUGCUAUUUAGGAGUUUAAUCGCUGACACUCACUCAGCCCUCCUACACACAUUCUGAAAAAAGCCUAAAGCUCUUUAGCUUACCUUAUUGCACAGUUUAAUUUUGAAUUGAUAUCUCCUGUGUGUGGUUAAAAUUCAGAGCAGGUUAUAGGAACUUCUAAUGUAAAUACAUACAACUUUAAUAAUGGAGCUGACACUGACUCGAACUCAAACUAAUUAAAGGGACACUAUAAUCACCAGAACAACUACAGCUUAAUGAGUAUAAUCAUUGUCUUCAGACAUUUUCAUGCAAACACUGUCUUUUAAGAGAAAAGGCAGUGUUUACAUUGCCCCUAGGGACACCUCCAAGUGGCCACUCCUCAGAUGGCCACUGGAGGUGCAUUUUGAGUAUAAUCAAUGAAACUUUGAGUAAAACCAUUUGUAUUUCCCCCCAAAAAUGUAUAACCAAUACUAGGUUGUUGCAUUAACAAAAUAUAUAUUCAGAGAAAACACUGAUCUCUUCACUUUUAAAAUUCAGUAAAAUAACACAAUGCUUUCCUUGUAUUUCCAGGCAAAACAAUAUAUUGUCCACAAUGUUGAUAAAAGAAGAUGAUGUUACUUCUUCACAGAAAACACAUGAAAUUAUUAUAGACACCAGUGUCUCAGGAACUUCUGCUAUCUGCUCAGAAAUCACAUCAGAUGCCAACACUUCAAAAAAGGAAGACAAUACAGAUUUUGAGGCUGAGACAUCUAAUGAUUUAAUGCCAUCUGGAGACAAAAUGUGUAGCAGACACAUUGUCAACAAGUGUGAUGAAAUUAGUCAAGUGCCCCUGAAUACUCAAUAUUCAGAUGAGUCUUCAUUAUUGCUGAGUGAAAAGCCAGAAUUAUUAAAUUUUGUUGGUGACUGGCCUGUAGAACAACAGACAAUGUGUCAGAGAGCUCCAAGAAUUAGAAAGAAAGUCAGACCAAAUAAAACACAUAAAUUGCCUUCUCACCAGAUUUGCGAAGAUGAUAAGAAUACUAGCAGCCAAUCAAAGCAAACAGAUAGCGACCCUGUAAAACCAGCUGGCCUGUCCCUAACUGAAGAUGUCUCUGUUUACUGCUCUUCAGAGCUUAGUGGUGACGUUCCAAGACAAUGUAAGGAAGUAGAUGCAUUAAGUGCUGAGAAUGAAGACUGUAUUAUUUCAGAAAGAAUGUCAGAUGAUGCCUCUGAUUCUGAAGGGGAACAAAACCCUAAUCCAGAGGUAGUUGACCUGAUUUCUAACCUGCUGCAAAAUGUGAGCGAGGCAGUUGAAGAUAAGCAAAACAUAGAUCUGUUGACCAGUAUAAAUGAAGAUGAAAACAUAAUUUCUUUUGGUAAACCUGGUGUGCUGCCAAAGCAACUCAAGCGUAACUGCCAUCAGUACAAAUUAACGUCACCUGUCUCAAAUUGUACCGAUUCUUCUAACAUGGAUGAAAACCAGUCCAAAUCUCAGUGUCAAGAGACAGAUGAGGACAUAAGUGUUGGACCCAACAAGUCAUCCCAAACGGAACCGCAUGAAUUUGCAUUAUUAUGGAGGAUAGAGAGAAAAAACUUAAAUGCCCUUGAACCUACAAAAGUUCUUACUGGGAAAAGUGAUCGCUUUAAAUCAAAACUGGUGGAUGAAAGUUCAGACUGUCUGGAAAUUAUACCGUACAGAGUUAUGCAUCAUAAAAGUACAUUUGUGGAAGAAGAUGAGAUAACCAGCUUGGGUGAUGAGGAUAAUCUUAAUAUUCUCUGUAAGCUAUUUAGGUCUCUCUCAUUUGAUGUUCUAAAUGACCUCUAUGAAAGAUGCAAUAAAGAUAUCCUGUGGGCAACAAACCUUCUGCUUGAUUCUGGAGAAAAGUUGCACAUUGAUGAAGACUGCUCACCAGCAGGCUCUGAUAGAAGUGAAGGAGAAGAACAAACAGAUUCAGAUAGUUUUUGCCAAUCAAAUCUGAGUUUGAAGGAGAACUACGACAAUUUUGCAAGUCUUGAUAGAUCUUCUGACAUCUCAGUGGUUGGUAACAACAGAUUUGUAGGCACUGAAAUACUAAUGGAAUGCUCUGACGUGAUGAGUACUGUUCUCCAAAUUGUUUCAGAAGAGUCCAGUAAUUUCAAUGCUUCAUCUGUUUCAGACUUAUCAAAUACAGCCAAUAAGUCUCCUGAUAUAAUUUAUAAAAGUAGCCUUGACAAAAACUGUGAAGUCCUUCCUGUGUCUCUUAGUGAGGAGUCUGAUUUAGAAACCGAAAAUCUACAUGGGUCAACUUAUGCCAAGGAAAGAAUUAACUCUUGUUUAGAAUUAAAUGAUACGCUUCCAGAUAGUUCUCAAAAGCCAAGUCUUUCUGACUCAGAUGAGUCUCAAGAGGAACUUGACAUUAAGAACAAAAUUUCAUUGGUGGAAAAUUGUGAAGUUACAGGUGACCCACCAAGAGUAUCUACUGAUCCCAGAGAAGAGGACAAGACAAAGAAAAGUGAUGGUGAAUCUGUAUCCAAGAAGUCUUUGCAGUUUGAUCAUCUAGAGUUAUCUUUGCCUCCAGAACUUGCCCAUCAGCUCAGUGAAUUGUUUGGACCAGUUGGUAUUGAUCCAGGUAAAUGUUGCUUACAGUCUAUUAUUUACUGUUGACUGUUCAUGGUGUUUGAAUAAUGCAAGCUACAUGUCAUCAGUCUUUAAUUCAGCAGUUUUCAGAAUAAAUCUCAUUUGUAACAAUCAUCAUUUUAGAAAUAAAAAAACAAUUUGACAAAGAUUGGUUAUUGUAAAUAGAGGUUCGUUACAUGAAUUUAAAGUUGGAUAGCAACAAUGCUGCCUUAAAGGAUCACUAUAGGGUCAGGAACACAAACAUGUAUUCCUGACCCUAUAGUGUUAACACCACCAUCUAGCUCCCCCUGGGUCCCUCAUGCCUCCAUAAAUAUAGUAAAAAUCUUACUGUAUUCAGGCCUGAAGCUGUAAAUCUGCAUGCUGUUAGACUCAGAAAAACAAGCAGUCUGCUAACAUGUGGUAGCCUGAUCCAAUCACAGUGCUUUCCCAUAGGAUUGGCUGAGACUGACAAAGAGGCAGAUCAGGGGCAGAGCCAGCAUGAUUCAAACACAGCCCUGGCCAAUCAGCAUCUCCUCAUAGAGAUGAAUUGAAUCAAUGAAUCUCUAUGAGGAAAGUUCAGUGUCUGCAUGCAGAGGGAGGAGAUACUGAAUGUUUGGAUGCAUUUUAGGCAGCCAUGACCCAGGAAGGAUCUGUAACAGCCAUCUAAGGAAUAAAUAACUAUACAUUUAAAAAAAUAUAAAUUAAUAAAGAUUCAAAUAAAUCAGUACUAUUUUAUUUUAAAAAACGAGUACUCACUUUUUGAAGUUCACCUCCUCUAUUCUUCCUUCUGUCUCCAGCCUCCUCUCUCCAGCCAGACUCUUGUCUCCAGCCUUCUGAAUCCACAUUCCUAUCUUCUAUCUUCAGGCUGUCAGCAUGAGCCAGCCCUUACAGCCUCAGCGGAGACAGGAUGCUCAUGCACAGUGCUGCCCUGUGUUCUGCUGAAAGCAGAUCUGAGUGGAUGGAGGCAUAUUAUGCCUCCAUCAACUCGGAAGUCCCUCUGGUGGCAUUCCGAGUGACUGCAACUGGAGGUGUUCCUAGCUUUCAAUGUAAACACUGUAUUUUCUCAGAAAAUACAGUGUUUACAUGAGAGACUGCAGGGAGCUAUAGUUCUCACCUGAACAACCUCAUUAAGCUGAAGUUGUUCAGGUGACUAUAGUGUCCCUUUAAUAUAUACCCAGAUAUGACGUUUAUAUAUUUUUUAAUAUAUAUAUAUAUAUAUAUAUAUAUAUAUAUAUAUAUAGUCAUCAACUACUGAUGAUUUACACACAAACACACACACACACACACACACAUAUAUAUAUAUCAUGUGCAUGUAUGUAUAUGUGUUCAUGUAUUUAUGUGUAUGCAUAUACAUGUAUGUAUUUGUGUGUGUAUGUAUAAAGUGUAUAUAUACAUGAAUGUAUAUAUAUGUGAAUAGGUGUAUGUGUACAUAUACAUAUAUAUGGGUCUAUGUAUGUUUAGGCACAUUGGUAUAUGUGUAGAUACAUGUAUUGGUGCUUGUGUGUGGAUGUAUGUGUAGGUAUGCAUGUACAUAUAUUUGGACAUUUGGUUAUAUUUAUAUGUAUAUUGUAUGUACUUGUAUAUAGUGUGUAUGUUCUUGUGUAUACUUGCACAUAUGCACUACUUGUUUAUAUAUACGUGUGUCAGUGUGUGCAUGUGUCUGUGUAUGCUGGGUAUAGGCCAUCAUGUGCAUAUCCUGUAACUCUUGGAUGGGAAUUCAUGCAUUCUUUAUAUUAAUACUCCCCCUUCUAGCACCAUCUUCUGCACUGUUGCUUGUUUUUUUUCUCUCUCCCCCCUCACUCUGUGAUCUUUGCAUAAGAUAUUUACGACCCUCUAUUUUGUAUCAAACCUGUGUCUUACUUGCACUCAUGUCGCUUUAACCCCUGUAUCACAACGCAACUUUGAAUUCUCUGUGUCGACUUGCUCAGAAAUGCUUCAGACUUGAGAAAGGGAGGUUCUCCCGAAAGUUUGUCAUUAAAAAAUUCUGCUAGUCCAAUAAAAAAGGUAUUUCAAGAUACAAAUUUUAUCUGUUUAUAUAUAUAUAAUAUGUAAUCAACUACUGAUGAUUUACACUUAGCGUGUUCACUGCUGGUUGGAAAACAACAGUAUUAUAAUAUGUAAUAUUAAGGAAAAAAACUAAACUGUACUUCCUCAGAUUUCCUUUUAAUGCAAGAAGAUUACAAAUUAUGUAUGAGAAUCUGUUUAUACGGUUUAUUCCCUAUAUAUGGGGGGUCAUUCUCAUAUUUUGGUGGUAAUAGAGCCAUACAUGCAGCCAUAUUUAUGAUUUAAAAUGCUUGGUCAAAUUCAUGUGUCCAGUCAGGCGCCCCACCAACUUGAAAUGUCACCAGCCGCCACUGAUAACGACUGCAGCACAUUUAUAGCACACCCUUUGGUUUCACAACUAACUUAGGGUCCACCGGGCACUUGUCACCUCCUUUAUGAGAACCAGAAGCUCUCUGCAAUAAAGUAACUCUGUGGUCACAAUAAUAACUUCAUUUAGGUGCGUUGUGGUUUAACCCCAAAAUCUCCUCUCCGGAGCCGUACCACUCUGCCCACUCCAACAUCCUCUUGUUGGAAAACUCGACAACAGAAACCUAAGACUACCGCAGGCAGAGGCGCCACUGAUUGGCUUAGAUUGGUCAUCUGAAACCAGGGACACUCAUCAGUUUUAAACUGCUCGAAAAUGGUUUAACGUUGACUGAAAGAGAGAGACUUGAGACACUGUAACCAAUUCAAUGAGACAAAAUGAUUAUUGUGCCUCCCUUUAAGAUCCACUCAUCGCCAAAGAUCUUGCUUCCCAUAAUAAAAAGUAGUAGCUAAAAGCUAAGAUGAAUUUAAAGAAAAAAAACCAAGAAGUAAAGGGACACCAAAAAAAAGAUUAAUUUACACCAAAUCCCUCACAGUAGCAGUGUUACUUUAAAUUCAGGGACAAUUUAAAUGUCACCGGACCUAUAUAAUAUUCACAACAAUGAACAGAAUACAUUAAUUGAGGGCAAAGAGAAAAAGGAAACAUUCAACCCAUAGCAUACCACAGUCCUGCACCUUAUCUAUCUGAAUAAAAGAACUGAGGAGCAGGAUAUCAAAAUCAUACAUUUCAGAUUGUCAAUGUAAAAUCAAAGACAGGUGCCAUAAACAAAUAUUAACAUUCUAUAUGUUAAACAUGAAAUGGAACAAGACAACAUUGGUAAUAAAAGCAGGGACAAAUAGGGGGGAUGGUCUCCCACAAGCAGCUCACUGCCUCACUGAAACAAACCUGGAGAUCUGCUCCUGGAGCCGGACACAGCCGGUACUAAGCCAUCGCAAAACAGGCGACCAUCAUGGGAAGUUGAUUCUUCACUCACAGACAUUGGCUGAACAAACAUGUGGCAGCCCAACAGAUCCUGCACAGCUAUACAUACUUCUUUGUUUUAUUUUAUAAUUUCUAGUCAGCAAUGUGAUAGGCUAAGUUUCUAUUGAUCUAAGCAACAUAUCAUAUUUUAGUCUUGCAUACCUAGCUAAAGGUUAGGAUCUGUUUUCAUUAAUUUGGUUUGUAUACCAUAGACGAGCAUUUGCAUCGAGCAACCUUACAAACCCAGUGGCAUUUACGUUUUAUGUACCAUCUACAAUUCUAGCAUAUAGCAUUCUGACCUCUCUCACUGCAUAGUCUGUUAGAAUUGUGACUACUGUCUUUCAUUAUUUUUACAAAUAUAUUCUGCUUUUUCUCUUCUCAUCUAAAAAAUGAAUAAAUGUGUAAUUGAUAUGCAUGCCAAAGCAAUAUCCUACUACGUAAACUCUUAUGUGCUAGACUUUGCUAUCAUGGCAUCGUCAGCUUGUAUGUUAUUUUGAUUUACACAGCAAAAAUAAAGAAUGUAAAAAAUAGCAGGGACAAAUGGCAUGUAUUUUAUGCAUAUGAGGAACACUCAACUAGAAUAUUUUAAGUUGUUUUUGUUUUCCAUUCAGUUGUUGCUGCAUAGUAUAAUUAUAAUAAAAAACUUUUUAACCUUUUUUUUUUGUUGUGAUUGUUUACUUUCCUCUAGGAUCGUUAACUAUUGAGGAUUGUGUGGUCCGAAUAGAUUUAAAUCUGGCUCAAGCCAUCCACAAGAGAUGGAAAGACUCAAUUACAGUUAGUACACUUCAUUCACAUUUGUUUUUUUUGGGGGUUUUUUUUUUUUACACAUGCUGAAAUGUUAUAUUAUAACUGCCUGUUCUGUUAAUGAAUUGGAAAACCACUUUUAAUUGCUUGUAGUUAUCCAACAGCAUCUGUGGCUGGAAUUUAAUAUCCCUGUAGAUAUUUCUGCCACGUUAUUCUGGGUUAAUUAAAAUAGCAUCCUGUUUAUAUCAAAAUUUUUACGUUAAUAUUAUGCUUCCCAGAUAAGAUUUCUGCUCUUAGUAAAACUGCAUUUCAUACAGAUAUUCUCCUAUCUGAAUGUAAUUUUCAUUUGUGUUUUUUGAAUUUGCAUUAAUGACCUUUCUCACUAUGUUUCAGGAGCGCCAAGAAGCAUUGUCAUAUCAACUUAUUUUUGAAGGUAUUUUGUUUUAAAGAUCCUGCAUGGUACCAUUUGGUUUACCUAAUAAACCCAUACUCUGGUGUUUACAGAUAAAAAUCACGUAUACAUUUUUACUAGUAAUCAUCGUCACCAUAAAAAUUUGAGAAUCUACAUCUUAAAGUGGCUCUGUUACCCCUGAAAAAUAUUUAAGCAUUUCAUAAAGAUAAACUCUUUUUAUAAAAUGCUCAUAAAGACUAUGUUUGAAUUUCAUUGAAAUCCCAACACAGUCCAAAGAUAGAAGACUAUGUUUGACUACUGUCUUACAGUAAAUUCUUACUAAAGGCAGAGUUACCGCCAUCAAAUUUUGUCAUUUGUUAAACCCAUCACUAUCAAAGGUUGUGGGAAUAGCGCAUUAUCUCGCUUGUCGCAAGAUAAAAUCUAUGGAAGGACUUAAUGGAUCCCCCAUAGACAUGAACUCUGAGCGGCUGAAGUGCCAGCAGCUAUGCCCACUGGGGACAGCAUCAGGUAAGUAUAACUCACCUCCACUGCACCUGUGGGUCACCACACACCAAUCAACAGUAUCACCAUGGCGGGAUGAGGGGGUCUUACAAAAUAUGCAAAGACCCCAGAAGGUGACAGAGCCCAUUUAACCCCUUAAGGGCACAUUACAUGUGUAACAUGUCAUGAUUCCCUUUUAUUCCAGAAGUUUGGUCUUUAAGGGGUUAAUAAAGAACUGCUUUGUGUCUCCACUCCAGGCAUGCAGUUGCAGCAUUUACAUUAGUCAAAAAAGCAGUGGAGGAUAGUUAAACACGAAAAAAUACCUCCUUGGUAUUUAAUAAUUUGGGCAACUUUGCAUUAGCAGGUUUCCAGGAAUGAAUUGCUAUGGCCCCUUUCUAGCCCUCAUUCCUUGCCAUUAACACAUACUGGCCCAAUUUCAUACCUUUCACUGUUAAAAAUAAAUAAGAUGCAUCUUUAUAACAAAAGUUGAUUCCAAUUCUGCAUUAAUUUGUAUCUCUUUUUGCAGACCUGUACCGAUUUAACCCUAGUCUAUUUGUGUUACAGACAGUGAACAUUUGGAUGUGGAUAAUAUGAUUAUUAAGGAUGAAUUUCCUGGUGACACUUACACCCAGGAGACAUCAGGCGUGUUUCCAUUCAUGGACCAGUGGAAUGCACGCACUAAGAAAGUCUCAUUGCGGCAGAUAAUGUCAGAGGAAAUUGCUUUACAAGCACAAGAAGAUUUGGUACGGUCAUUUUUUUUAUAUUCAGUACAUUUCUACACUACCAAUAUGCAUUCCUGCAAAAUGAUGAUAAUUUUUAUUAUAGACCAAUCUCAUUAUGUUUAUCAGAUGCAUUUUGGAGAGACUUGCUAAUGGAACUGAUACAUGUCAAUAAAUGCCCCUCACAUUGGGGUAGUGGCACCUUUCUCGCGAAUCUCUAAAAAUCCAUUUUACAUCAAGCCUUGGAUGUCCUAAACAGUUUUGCUAAGAGCGUAUUAUAUCUAGAUCCUUCCAGAAUUCUCAGAAUAAGCUUUAUUCUUUUGAAGCUGAUUCCUGGAAGGUCAAUUUUCUCACGGCUUGUUAACUUUUAUUUCAAUUUUAUUUCAAUGGUCAAAAAAAGACAACUAGAUAGGAGAUUUCCUCUCCAUUCCUCUCCAUCUGAAUCUGUUUACUCCUCUUAAAUGUUGCCGAGACACAGCAAUUUUUCUGUAAAAAUGUUUUAUUUAUUUUUGUUGGAGUAUAGUAUAAUAAUACAAAGUGUGUGGUUUUAUCAACAUGUAAAGUAUUACAUUUACAAAACAAAAGCUACAAAGUAUUAUGUAAACUAACAGUAUGACAAAAAAUAAAAAUUUCAAACGAGUAACACUUAUGCAUAACAGUUUCAGGAAAGCCGUCCGCCAUAGCUGGAAGGAUAUUACUUGUGAGCGCUAAUAGAUUAAGAAUGAUCGUGCAUAACUCUGCAUUCAGAAAUGGUUUUUAAGAGGGGGUAAAAUUUAAAGAGUGUGAAUUAACAGGGCAGUGGGGGUAGAGAAAAAUAUUUUAUCUUCUAUUGUCCUGAUUUGUUAAGUGUAGGAAUAAUAAGUAGUUCCUACUUUGUCUUAUGAAUUUUACAAGAAAUGGAUUAAAAACAUAAGAAAAGAAAAGACGAUUUAAUGGAUGUUUUUCCCCACUCAAGAUGAUUGAUUGACUUGUUCAGUAACAAUAUAUAUUUGUCCCUUUUCUUAUGUAGAAAAGAUCUUCCCCGAUAAAAAACUGUGCUUCAAAGUUGAAGGAGAAACAACUUUUCGAAAUGUUUCCUUUUGUUGAACAGAAAUUGCUUAUGGACAUUUUUAAAGAAAACAAGUAAGAUCGUAGCAUCAUGCAGAGUUGACAUUUAAUUAGCUGCCUGUAAUUUUACCUAAAAUUAAUUUCUUUAUCACGCAUACUAUGGGUGGACGCAAUAAUAAAAGUCCAUCAUUUUCAUCCUCUUUAUUUCCCAUCACUUUAUUACUGUUCCAGAAUGGAUCUCUUUAAUUAUGGGGAAAACAUGCUCCCUUUCAAUUCCAAAGGCAAUCAAUGUUUUCUAGUUACCUGUUAUAAAUAGAAAUGAUAUAUUAUGUUUAAAAACUUGGCUUCUGAAAUCUGUGACCCCCAAAGUUUUAGCAGGUUCUAGAAUUAUCACUGGUACCGAAGUACUAAUUAGUGAGCGAUUGCGCAAUGUUUGCAUGUAGUUUAAAUUACAUACCUGAUGCUCAUCUGCAAAUUCCCUAUUCUUCCAUUUCGGAAUCAUUUGCAUGGAGGGCAUUUUUUAAAGAGAUAUAAUUCUGAUUUUAUGUAAUAAAAUCUGUCUCAACUAUUAUAAAACCCAUAAAUGCAUAUUUUGUUAAUCAUUCUCUAACAUAUAGAGCCACGUUUGUCUUUUAAAUAAUGCAUUGUGAUAAAUUAUAUAAUAGAAACAAGUAAAAAAGGCACUAAUAUUCCAUACACUAGGAAAAGAAAAAUAUUUUUGUUUUAAAAAAGCUGCACCUUACACUGUGCUUAAUCUCAAUAUAAACACUGGAAACAACUAAAAGCACAAAAAAGGUGUGCUGUGCCUUUAAGAUCACUGAUAUCUCAUACUAAUAAUGCUAUAAUAGUGCACUUUAUUGUGAUCUAUUAUUGCAUUAUGUCACUGAGAUAUCUGUGAACUUAAAGACACAGCGCACCUUUUUUUGUUUUUUAAUUGUGAUAAAUAGUGAUGUCCUGAACGGUUCGCCGAACGGUUCACCACGGACGGCGAACAUAAACAUAAACUUUGACUCUGUACCUCACAGUCAGCAGACACAUUCCAGCCAAUCAGCAGCAGACCCUCCCUCCCAGACCCUCCCACCUCCUGGACAGCUCACUAGAGCUUCACUGGAUGCUGUCCAGGAGGUGGGAGGGUCUGGGAGGGAGGGUCUGCUGCUGAUUGGCUGGAAUGUGUCUGCUGACUGUGAGGUACAGGGUCAAAGUUUAUGUUUAUGUUCGCCGUCCGUGGCGAACCGUUCGGGACAUCACUAGUGAUAAAUUAACCUUUUUGUUUUAUUUUUUUAUUUCUUUUUUAUUUUUGCUCCACUCACGGGUACGAGAGGGCAAGCGCAAGUUUGCAAGGGCAAGUUUAGGACAUACAGUAGUUUUAAUGCAAACAAAAGGAAAAAGCAUAGUUCAUAACAUCCUGCAUACGGGGCCUAUGAGCAGAGGGUUUUAUUUAUAUAUGGUUUAGUACUGGAAUUAGUGGGGACAUACUGAGAACCGGCCUUGUGUCGGACUACUGUGUGUUGUCGCUAUUGUAUUGUAACUGCAUAGGGUCAGUUAGAGAGAUGGUACUGAUCAUGGAGAUGCUGAAGGGUCAGAUAGUGCAUAGUGUAAGGCGUAGGGAGUUUCAAUAGCUUAGGGCACAUUAAAGUGCAUAGUUGGCUUCGCUGGGCUAAGGUGCCAGUUGCCUGGCUGAAAGUCAGCUCGGCCGAGAGGAUAAACAUAGGGUAACUGGCCUUUAGUAGACUUAGUGACGCCCCCAGGCUCAGCUAGUCAGGGUUGUGACUUGGAAUCGAGUAAAGAGGAGGGGGGGAGAGCAUCUGGUCGUGGGCCAGUGUACAUACUGGUAGUUGGGUUGUUGGUGUUAAAAUUAAAUAAAAUAAAUGGAGAAGGCAUCAACAUAAUAAUAAAUCACCUUCAAACUGCAAAUAACAUCAGUCCUGGGAGAGAGCAAUCUUGGUGUUAAGUGUUAGUCCUUUUGACACCAUUGGCUUGUUUUGGGGCCACUAGUCUCCAUAUCAGUUGCUGAAGCACCCCUGUGGGGAUCCCCUCUGACCUUAAGUUUGUUGUGGCACCUUAGGUCUUCAAGCAUGGCAAACCGCUGCUCUGCUAGUGCUUGCUGUUUCUUCUAGUUUACUUCCAGUUUGAGUUCUGCGAUGGUCUGCGGGUGUUGAUCCAUGGAUUUCUCCACUACUCCAAGGCGGCCAACCAGCCAGUGAGGUCAUUGUGGAGCAUAUCCAUGUCUGUCUGCAGCAUCUUCUAGAGGCUGCCCAGCAUCUCCCUGAGCAUCGCUGCCAUCACAGGUCCGUCGUCUCUGGGUUUUGGGGCUGGCAGUGGCUUAGGCGGAGGUGGCAUCCCGCUAAUACCCUCAUUCAGGUCCAGAUCCUCGGAGGAAUCCGUGAAGUCCUUGAGUUCGGCGGCCAUCUUGGGCCCAUACGCUCCUUGCGCCUGCUGGAGGAGAUCUCUAAUGUUCAUGCCAGGCCUGGUGUUUCAGAUGUUCAUCUUAAGAAAGGUGAAUCUUUAAUCUGUAUCCAGUGCUGGCACCAUCACCAGAUGAAGUGAAGUUAUGCUUAGAUACGUUUCUCUUCCUCCCAAGAUGAGAGCCAAGCUGUCAUUGCUCCAAAUGGAUACUUAAAGGGACACUCUGGGUACCAAUACAUUUUUUGCAGAAUGCUGCACUGUAAGCCUGCCUCCUUAGCCACACCCCCUCACUCCAGAAAAAGUCUUCCUUGUCAAAAAUGUAUGCAUACAGCACAUUUACUGACAGUACUGCAUGAUCUGAACAACAAAACAAACUGCAUUGGACUGAGAGGAAACCUAGGGAGACAUAUAGGCAGGAUAUCACUACCUGUUUGUACUUUCUCUGACUGUCUGCAACCAGGCUGUGAAUAAAUAAACAGCUUAUUCAGUGUUGUUAAAACUGAAACGGUGUACGUACAUUUGACAAGGAAGUCUUUCUGGCAUGAUCAGGUGUGGCUAAGUAGGCAGGCUUAUAGUGUAGCAUUCUAGGUAUAUGGUGAUAUGGGCUUGCUAGUCAUUUGGCAGCACUGCAUUAAUGAAAUGUUAUUCUACGUUACAUGCAAUGAAAGUUAAAUAUGAUUUGAAAAUGUAAAGAAACGCAAUGUCUCAAUAGUAUCAGCUAUGGCAUAUUUUCUUAACCCUGUAACUAAGUCUCCGAGUAUCAGAAUUUUCCCUCCAGUAUCAUGUUAUUCAGCAUUUAAUUUCAAGGUUCAGCAUACACUUGGCAAGACAGACCAUAUAAAAUUACUAAAAUAUGUUUUUUUAACCUCCUUGGCUUGAAAUACAUUUACAGAAGCUUAUUUUUCAUUAUGUACCUGUUGCACGAAUAUGUUGUAAUGCCUUUUGCACCCUAUUAAUCAUACGUACCCAGACAUCAUUGUAAUGUAGAAGACGUAUGACAUGGCUUAUAUGAAAGAAUUAAUGUAAAUUAAUGUAUUUUUACCUCUAGUUAUUCCUUAGCGAAAACAGUGCAGUUUAUGAGUUCUGUCCUUGAAGCUGGUCCGGUGCACACAGUUAUGGCUCCAGAUAUCAAACCAACAGCGAGUGGUACUACUGAGAAAUCAAGAGAAAAGGUAAUUAAAUGAACUUAAAGGGACUCUCCAGUCUAAGGAAAAAAUACCAGUUUUCCUGGCACUGCAGGAUCCUACAGUGUCCCUCUCCCUCCCACCCCCCAUCCCAUGUUGCUGAAGGGGUUAAAAACCCUUCAGCCACUUACCUGAAACUCCACCCACGCUCCUCCACCGCCAACGUCCGACGGCGGGGGAGACCUAAUGCGCAUUAGACCUCCCUAUUGGAAAGCUACCUAUUGAAAUUAUUCAAUGUUUUCCUAUGGGGAAAAUCUGACGCUGAAUGUCCGUGAGGAUGUCCAGCUUCAGAUAACCGACCAAAGGUUGUUUUGGAUUCCGGAAGCCCUCCAGUGGCUGUCUGUUAGAUAGUCACAGAAGGCAGACUUAGAGCUGCACAGCACCCAGACCCACCUCAAUUAGCUGAAGUGGUCUGUGUGCCCCUGUAGUCUCACUGCUCAAUUCUCUGUCAUUUAGGAGUUAAAUCAGUUUUGUUUCUAUUUAUGCAAAACUAGCCACACCUUCAUCUCUCUGUGACUCACACAGCCUGCAUGAUUUUUUUAUUUUUAUUUUCAGUCAUGUCUGACAGCAGUGUGUUUACUAUAGAAAUUUUUUACUUCUGCUCUUCAUAUCAAACUUUAAUCACACAGGAGGAUUCUGCAGGAGAUAAGAAAUUUUAAAUUAAACAGAAUGUGCAAUAAAGGAAGUUUAAACAUUAGAUGUCUUUUUACAGGAAAUAUGUAGGGAGACUGUGUAUGUCACAACCAGGGAGGUGUGACUAGGGCUGCAUAAACAAAGCGAUUUAACCCCUAAAUGGCAGAGAAUUGAGCAGCGAGACUGCAGCGACAUGAUCUGUUCACCAAAACUGCUUCAUUAAGCUGUUUUGCUGCUUUUAGUGUCACUUUGUAAGUUAUGUAAGUAAAAUGUAAAUGGGGCUCUGGGCAAACGUGUUACACCAAGCAAUCCCACUCUAAUUUCAAUCUGCUUUACUGUGAUCAUUCUUAAAUCUUUCCAUUAAAUCCCUUUUAUGAUGAAUUGUUGGCAGUAAGAUUUAAUGUAUAACCUAAAAAGCUAGGACCAUUUUUCAGAUCCUGCAAAAGUGAAUCUUUGGCUUGGCUAAAAUAUGUAGGAGUGUCUUGCUAAUUCAUGAUCUUUUUAAUUUGGGGUCUAAUUAAAGAAACAUUUGUCCACUUCCUUUUUUACUUUAGGAAUUUUUAAGUUUACUUUUUUUUUUACUUGUAUAUAAACUGUUCCAUUUGUUUAUUUGCAGUCUGCAUCUGUCAGUCUUGCACAUUGGAGAGGCAAUAUUCAACUUACUUAGUAUUUGGUGUAUAUACACCUUUAUCAAAGUGGAUACACUAUGUUUUGGUUAAUUAUCUUAAGCAUUUGCUGUUGAGUUCCAGUUGAUAUAUAUGUGUUCCAGUUUGUAUAUUUAAAUUCAUCCCUUUACCCGGACUUGUGGUAUGUGUUUUUAAAAUUUCUUACUGGCAUAAAAAUGGUGACACACCUUUAAAAACAUAAUUGUUUUUUUAUCCCAUUCUGAUUUUAUCCCUUACCUGCUUUUGUGAAGUAGUGUCAUGGUUCCUUAAGUUGAUUAACUACCUUCCCCCUUCUUAUCCGGCUUAUACUGUUAUACAUUCUCCAGAGGGUAGAGCUGCUGCAGCAUAUAAUUAACUACUUUCUACAAAAUACAUAAACUGAUUUAUGGGCAGCAUCUCCUGAAACAAUGAACAAGGUGUUCGUUGUAUCCUAGAACCUUCAGUUGUAAUCUUAUAAACCUUUAGGGAGAGACACUGUUUUUUAGAUUGGAUGUAGAUUAAUGGUGUUUAUCUUGGAGAUACUAGUGAGUGUGAUUCAUAACCUUUCAAACUACACCUGCUUAAUAGGAGGUAUGGCUUUACCUUUUACAUUAUCUUUAAUGUUGAUUAUUUAUACUUUAUUUAUACCAUACCACAAUUAUGAAUGCAAUGAAAUGGUAUCAGUUUUAUUCCUGUUUAAACUUAAUAUUUCCAAAGGCAUAUACUAUGGUUUGCCUUUUCUCUAAAGUGUUCCAUAAUGUAAUAUUUUUCGAUUUCUCUUUUUAUUUUCUCACGCAUUAAGAAAUCUGUCCUAGAAAAAGAAAUCCUUUCUGGAAAAUACUUCCAAGACUUCGAUGCCCCAGAUUAUGAUGAUUUCAGGGCUGAAGCUUUUCUGUAUCGAAAGAAGCAGCAAGAGAAUUACAAGAAGGCGGCCGAAGCUCACUCCAGGGGCAUGAAGCAUGUUGCAUCUUUUUAUGCACAACAGGUGAACAGAACUUUAUAUUUUUGAAGGAUUCUUGCAAACCUAGUAAGAUGAUUGAGGCACCCUUAAAGUGUGAUAUUUAGCCCAUCUCUCCCAUAGCCCUUGCUAUAUGAUGUGUUAUCAUAUAAAGUUAAAUGGGUAAGAGAUAACCUUAAGAGGAUCCGCUGAUAAGACGUACAGAUAGCAUUUAUCUCUGUAGAUCUUCAGAUAUAAUGCUUUAAAAUAUGCUGUUUUUUUAAGGUGGUAUAAAACACCAAACUGCUAUGGACCUUUGCUGCUGCUACAUGCUGAAAAUUCUUUAAGCUUUCAGUUAUUUUGGGCUCACUUAGCAGACUUACUUUCUGGGGAUUUUACCAAAGCCACAAAGCCAGGGCCGUGGCUAUUCCUGCUGUCUCUCUACUGCACAUACUUCACUAAGAGAGCUGCAAGGAUAGGCAUUGCAAGUAAAGAACCCUUCUGUCCCCAUAUAUGUGAAAAAGCAAAAAAUUAUUUUUACACUAACAUUAUAGAAUAAUCUGCUUUUGUACUCCACAAUCUCUAUGCGAAACUGUUAGACCCGUGAUGUCAAUGUGUACAUUUCUCCUAAUAACAGAAAAAAAAGAAAAAAGAAAAAGUGCUAUGACUUGUUUGACAUGUUCAGUGCAUUCAUAUUUUAGAUUAGCAUUCGGUGAAGUUACUCAUCCAACAAAAGGGUUAUGGAAUGAUUAGCUGCAUCUAAGAGGUCUUGCAGUGUUUCUGAAGUUCUACUUUUCGAGUUGUUGGAUAGGAGUAAUUUCUGGCGUUCUAUAGAAUUUUAAUAACUUUCCAGGUUGUAUUAGAUCUGUGCUGUGUAUGGUUUUUGCAAACAUUCUUGGCUUUGGCUAGUUCUUUGUAUUUUGCUGGAAUUGUGCGGCUAUCUGUAGGCAGUAUGGUCAUACUUAGAGCCGGUUUGCUUAUUUUAUUUUCCUUAAUUCCAUAGUCGGAAUCAUUCUAGGUUGUCUGCUGUAACCCAUGGUUAGUGAGCCCCUCUAACUUUUGCAGUUGAGCAUGGUCAAUAUAGACGAGGGUGUGCACUCUUAUUAAAAAUAAUCUAAAGUAACUUGUAAAGUUAAAUUCAUGCAUCACUCAAAUGUCAUUACCACAUGUUUUUGUAGAUUCUGUAUGUUUGUCACGUAUUCAUCCGCUUAUAAAAAUGUGGUUAAUGGCAUUUACUGUCCACACAGUAUCCCUGACUCCUGGCUUUUCCUUAUCAUUGUGUCUCUUUCUGUAUCCCUUGACCUCGGCUAUUCCUGACUAUUCUUUGGUACGUUAGUCUGGCCAUUCUAAGGUCCGGUAUAUGUUACCUAUCAGUCCUCUGUGUUACACAAUUCUACGUGCUGGAUCAUUCUGUAAUCCUGACAAUGUUAAAGGGACACUAUAGGCACCAGAACAACUACCGCUUAAUGUAGUUGUUCUGGUAAUUAUAAUCAUUGCCUUCAGGCAUUAUCAUGAAAACACUGCCUUUUCAGAGAAAAGGCAGUGUUUACAUUGCCCCUAGGGACACCUCCAAGUGGCCACUCCUCAGAUGGCCACUGGAGGGGCUUCCUGGCUCAGUGCUGCACAGUAGGCAGCAGUGCCGUUCACCGUCCCCACGCUCUGCAUGGAGACGCUGAAUUUUCCUCAUAGAGAUGCAUUGAUUCAAUGCAUCUCUAUGAGGAGGUGCUGAUUGGCCAAAACAGCAUUUGGCCUCGCCCCUGUGCCGAUUUUAGCCAAUCCAAUGCUUUUACCAUGGGAAAUUUUGAUGAUGUCACCAAGGGGGCAGGGCCAGCGCCGGCUGACCCAUGGAGAGCUGAAAGUAAGGUGAGUUUUAACCCAUUUUGAGGGGGCUAAGUGGGGGCAAGCCACCUAAAUGCAGAUAACUUAAAAGAUCACUAUAACAUGUAUUCCUGACCCUAUAGUGCUAAACCCACCAGACUGCAGAAAUAGAUUAAACGUUUUAUAUUAAUUUGAAUGUUUUAUUAUAGGGUCAUCUCUAUGGGGAAAAGGUGAAAGAAGAAAAUCGUAGAGCAGCUGUGCAGAUUUUCCAGAGAGCUAAUGAAUUCCUUCUGCCAGAGAACAUAUUAGACUUGCAUGGACUACAUGUUGAUGAAGCUAUGAAGCACUUCCGCCAGGUGCUCAAGGAUAAGAUGGAAGGUGAGAACUUGCUUGAGGCACCUCUUAACUUGUAAUGUCCAUGUUAGUGAUUAUUAUUAUUACUGGUAUUUAUAUCGCGCCAGCAUAUUCUGUAGCGCUCUACAGUAUUAUCAAAGGGGGAGAUUUAACAGUAAAUGAGACAAUUACAAAAACUUACAGGAACAAUAGGUUGAAGAGGGCCCUGCUCAAAUGAGCUUACAGUCUAUAGAUGGUUAACUUGAUGACUAAGAUGUUUAUGAGCCUCAUUUCCUCAUUCUGCAAACAUCUAGGGUGCCAUAUGUAGCUGUCACUGCUCUAUACAACUUUUUCCAUUUCUAAAAUUCUUGUUAAGUGUUGAAGAUGGUUGGGGACUCAUUAUAGCAUUAAUGAUUAUAGUCUGGCAGUCUGGACGAGCAGUGUGUGUCUAUGUUGGGCAAUGUGCAUAUUUAGCUGGGAGUAUGUAUCUGUAUGUAAAUACAUAACUGCAGGGCAUGUAGCUAAAUUAACAUACACAACGUAAAAUGAAAAGCAUAAAGCCAAUAUGGUGUAGUAUGCCCCUACAGGAUACACAAUUGCGGAAGUCAUAUAAUGUGGAUUUGUCACUUGUUGUUAGGAUAUAUGCUUAUUUUUAAACUCUGUGUAAGUCGAUUUGGUUGUAUACUCUCCAGUUGGGUAAUAUUUUUUGUUUGCGCUCUGCCCUUUUUGUUAUUUUAGUAUGCUUACUUGGUGUUAUUUAAGGGUUUUAACACUUAGGUUGUAGCAACAUUGUAUUUAUUUGGUUGUACAUUUCUAGUACAGUUUUUAUUUGUUUAAUUCAAUCUCUGCAGAUGGAAUGGUUAUUUACAAAUCACAACAUUACUGCUAGCACUGUAUAGUAAAGUAAGUACAGAUAACAGGCAACAGGGAGUGCAAUAUAGGAUUAGACACUCUAUAUAUAAAUAUAUAUCAUAGUCUAUAAAAUAAAGUGAAACAGCAGUGGGUGGGUUAGUGGUUGAAAGUGUUAGUCCCAGGUGAAAGUUGUCAUUUAAUAAAAUGCUCCAGUAAGGAAGAAAUGGUCCCCUGGUAGACCAAAAUCUGUUUCUGAGUUUAUCAAAAUAAUAAAAUUUCCACUUGCACACUAGCCAGUGGCGAUUGGAAAUUCUUGAUUUCCUCCACUGACCCUGAUGAUCUUCACUGCUAUCUGAAAGCAGCUCUUUCAUGUAAGAGUGGCUGAACAGUUCAUAUCUCUAACUAUCAUCGAGGUUCCACCAGGAGAUCAGACAGCUGUAUGCUUUCAGAGUAGGGAGAUCGCUUCCAGAGCCUGAAACCUACUAUGACAAUGUCUAGCUGGAAAAUAUAUUUCUAUUGUAUUUUAUCUGACUUCUGUCUGUAAGAAAUGUUAUAUUGAUAACAAAUGUUUCUCUUAAUAGAAUAUAAACAGAAUGGAGGUAAAGCACAUCUCUCUGUAAUUACUGGAAGAGGAAAUCACAGCCAGGGCGGAGUGCCCCGCAUCAAACUCGCUGUCACAGACUAUCUCACUAAUCACAAGUUCAGGUGAGCUAUCAUUUUAGCUGUUGUUUUACAUACAAAAGCUUUCAGGUGUUUUUUUUUAUUUAUUUUUUUGGCGAAUAGAAUUAUUUUACAAAAAUAGAUUUCAAUUUCUCCUAUGUUCAAACUAGAAAAAAAAUUAGAUACCUGUAUACUCUGUCAUGCCGAGACAUGAGCAUUAGUUAAGUAGACGUGCCUACAAAAUGAAUACAAAAAGGAUAAAUAAGCCACACUCACAACUCCAUUUAUUAGGGAAUAACCCUGUGGCAACCUACUGUUCCAAGCUAUACACUGUACAUAGUGACAGAAGCCAUGUACAAUUUAAGCUCACUGUAGUGGUUAUGGUGUGAGAAGUGUCCAACCCGCCUAUUGUAAGGAGUCAAAGUACUUUUGAAUGGUAUGUCUUGUUACCUAGAGUCCACCAGGCACAGCUCCAUGCCUCCACUACUGUCUCCAGAGAGCCUGAAGUUUCUCAGUAGGAACUUCCAAUAGCAUAGCUGAGAGCGGCCAGCUGUCAUCUAUCAUCUAUGGAAGGCUAUCGAUGACAGUGUUCUUUUAACCCCUUCAUGGCUUAGUGUAACCAAUUUUUUUUUUAAUUCUGAAUUUGCUUUCUUUUAAUAUCCUUUAUGUAUACAUAACACAACAUAAAUAUGAUGUUCUUUUAUCUUUUUGCUUAUAAUAAUUUUUACACAUCACAAGCAACUUAAAGAGAAAAAGAAUUCAACAUAGAUUCACUUGUCAGUCAUGAUUGUUAAAUGCCUAAUUUGUCUAGGGUCUAAAUUAAUUUUUGGAAGUUAAUGUUAACCCUAUACCAACCCCUCCACUGCCUUUAUACCAACCUUUGCUUACAUUAACUCUAACCACAUACCUACUCUAACCUUAACCCUAACUCUACACUAUCCCUAAUCCUAAAGCAGCAUUAACCCUUACCUUAUACUAACACUACUCCUGUCAUAAGCCGACAUAUAACUCAACCAUAACACUACCCUGAACCUUAUGCUAUACACUCUACUGAUAUCAGCAGAGAGAUAUCCAAGCGUAAAAUAUAGUAAAGCUAAAAUGAUGGUCUGUGAUCUCCAUCUAGUGGUCUUUUGCAGCAUGACAGGGAGAUGUAAUGCCGCUACACGGCAUGGUGUAUUUGCCAGUCAAAACUGCGAGCAAAAAAUAAACAAAAUUUAAAUCUUCACAUUUGGCAUCAAUACAGCAUGGAAAGCAGUUAAGUCUCCCCAUAGAGAAUUGUUAUAAUGCUUCUCUAUGAGGAGAAUCCUUUUGGUGCGGCAUCAAGUAGGGCCCUCAACAAAAAGAAGCAUUUGAUUGGUCGUAGGUUGGCCUAAGUCUGAUCUGAGCUGAUGGGUGACAUAACUUUAUUAUUAAAUGUUCUUGCAUGGCAAGACCACUUACUAUUAUCUCACAUAUAUAUUAUUAUUAAGUGUUCUUGCAUAGCAAGACCACUUAAUGUUAUCUCACAUAUAUAUUAUUAUUAAGUGUGCUUGCAUAGCAAGAACACUUAUUGUUAUCUCACAUAUAUAUUAUUAUUCUUAUUAAGUGUUCUUGCAUAGCAAGACCACUUAUUGUUAUCUCACAUAUAUAUUCUUAUUCUUAUUAAGUGUUCUUGCAUAGCAAGACCACUUAUUGUUAUCUCACAUAUAUAUUAUUAAGUGUUCUUGCAAGAACACUUAUUGUUAUCUCACAUAUAUAUUAUUCUUAUUAUAGCCAAAUUUGCCACCCUAACUCCUCCCACAGUUUUUACACUACAUAGACAAAAAUUUACCAAAACGUGCAGAUUGUUCCCGAUCGGAUUGCUAUUACUUUGUGGAACGUUUUGCCGAAUGGUUCACGGAAUAUCGUCAUUCCUGUGGCGAAAUUUGUCCCAUAGGAAUGAAUGGCAAAGCUAGAGUGGGAGCUGGCAAAAGCUGAAAAAUCAGGACAUGAUUUCUAAAUUGCCACCACUCCCACCUACACAAAUCUUAUAUCAAAACGUUCAGCUAUCCCUGCUGCCACUAAACAUGUCAACGGCUAAGCCAUAGUCCUGAUAGUUUUCACAAUAUAAUCAUUUGUUUGCAACUAACGCCGUCCAUUGACAUUCAUUGAAACUCCACUAUACAAAGCUCAAAUUUGAAGGGCAAUUUCUAAACUGCAACUGUGCCUUCAUUUUUAAUAUUUCAGAGACAUACUAUGCAUCAAAAUGUAGGUUUGGGUCUUGUGAUUCUCACAAUAGAAAGCUCUUCGCUGUAGGAUUUAUAGUUUUUAAAAAAACGAAGAUGGCAACCGUCAAAAUACUCUGACCUGUGCCAGGCUGGAGCAGCAAGUGAUGUCAUAGACAGGGCCUUUUGUACACCUGCUAAUGUUUUUAUAAAUUUAUGUUUUAAUGUAACUGUGAAGCACUUUGGGCAAUAACGUUGCAAUUAAAUGUUCUAUAUGAAUAAAUAAUAACAGUUACUCCACCCACUCCAGUUGUAGUCUACUGGUGGAGGCAAGAACACCACACAAUUUCCCCAGAAAUUGUAGCUUUUCUAGUUAUUGUUAGUGUUACUUUAAAAUGACACCAGUUCAUGGUGAGACAUACUUUAUUUAACGUUAUCUCCGUAAUAGAAAUAUAUUUUUAUGCAUUUAUAUAUCAUUUAAAUCAUUAACAAAAUUGUUCUGUUUCUAGAUUUACAGAGGCAAGACCCGGAGUGCUGUGUGUUUCUCUGAAAUAAAAUCCUUCACUGGAUCAAGAUCACAUUUUUUACUUCGCAAAUCCAGAUAGAAUGAUGUGAACAUUGUUUUUUUGCUUUGUGCUGUCAUGUGUUUGUUUACACAGAUUUAAAGGAGCAGUCUGAUUCAGCUUUUUUAAGUUAAAGGGACACUCUAGGCAUCCCAUUAAGUGGUUGUGGUACUUGAAACAUCCUAGUGUUUCUUUAAGGAAAAAGUUGCAUUAUGUUUUUAAAACUUCUGAGAGAACAAAUGUAAAUAAGUCUUUUUUUAGUUAACAGGUUGAGUGCCACCUGUUUGGGCUAUCCGUUGUGUGUCCUAUUAGUUUUUUACUAAAAGAACAAAACCAACUACUAAACAUGCAUGCAUGUAUGUAUAUAUGUAUGAUAUAUGUGUGUAUAUAUAGAGAUUUGUAUUUAUAUACAUAUAGAUGAAUACAUGUGAACACACAUAUAUGUAUAUAUACAUACACAUGGCUGGACGUUUGAUGUUAGAACAUUUAGGGUUAGUAAAUGUACUAAUUCAUUUUUCUUCUGGCCCUUAUAUCUGUAAUAAUUUACAGACCUGAAUAUAUGUGUGUGUAUAUAUGUAUAAUAAUAAUUUGUUACAUAAUUGCUGUCUCUAUUUAUUGCUGUCAAGUGCCUAGAAUACAUUGUUUCUUUUUUGUUUUUGUUUUUUUUAAAUAUGGUGCUGAUACUUGUAAUGGGGAUUUCGAACAAACCUUAACCAGUAUGGAUUUUAAUCUAUUUCUGUUUCCAGCUUUUAUGCAAAGUAUUCUGUGAAACUCCUGCAAUUUCUUGAAGAAGCUAAUGUACUGUUUGAGGUUAGGAGCACCCCUUAAUUCAUAAGGGAUUUUUCUCUAAAGCUCAGUUUUCAGGGCUGAAUGAAUUGUAUCAAGACCAAAUAUGAGGUGCUAUGCAAUGUGUUUCUUAUUUCUUUUAAGAACAUGAGUCUUUUGAAUCUUCGAUGAGUCUCAUUCAUUAAACAGCUACAUCAGAUUUCUUUAAACCAGUGGGUUUUAACCUAUUUUUGACAGUGACCCAAAUUGGAAACCCAUUCUACAGUUUUUAAAUUACUUCAGUAACUCAUUCUACAACUGUUUAUUGCUUUGAAACUCACUUAGCACACUACAAAUUUAUAAAUAAAUGAAUGAUAAGGCAAGCUGGUCAUCUUUUUAGUGCUGAAUUUCAGUUUUAAUUUUAUAGCAAAGCAAAUCUUCGUCAGACAAGUGGACACUACUUUGGAGAGUACAGAACAUCAUUCCAGUAGGACAUGAUGGCAUUUUGUACAUCACAUUUCAUUUCUAAAUUAAAGAUAUAAUCAGUAAAUGUUGUAUUGAUUAUAUCUGAAUACUUAAACCAUAGCAAUCGAUGGACACACUGUGCCUACUGUACAGCUCACAGCAAAAAAAAAACUUUAUAAACACGAGAAAAAUAUAUAAAUUAAUCUAUACAGCUCCUGGUGGUUUCACUAGCGUAUUGUAUAAAUCAAAUGUUGUAAUUCACCCAGAGCAGAACUUUUUAUUACACUAUAUAAAGGUAUUAAACUCACAUUUCUCAUAGAUAGCAUCGUAGCCAUGCAAAACCAUUUAAACCCGUCUAAUUAAUUUCUUCACCUACAUAUAAGUUACUUGAAAUAUUCAUUCAUUAAUGUUCAGUUUUGUUAUCAUUUGAUUUUAGGUUUUUUUUAUAUGUAUUUUUUUUUUUUACUUUGUUUUAUUAUUUGUUAAUCAGAAUGCCUUUUUAUGUUGUGUUUUUUAUUAAUACCUGUUUUUAUUAUUUGUUAAUCGAAUGGCAUGUUUAAAGAGUAACUGUCACUUUGGGUGCUAGUGGUAUGUAGUAAACGAUAAAGAUAAAUAUUUGUGGAGCUUUGUUUCAACAAAAAUGAUAAAACAAUGUAUUAAGUGCAAGGCAGUUCAGGCAUGACAGUGCACUAACUUCUGUUAUUUUUUAAGCAUCCUUUAGAAUGCAUGGAAUUAUGAGAAUAAUGUAUCCAUUGUGCAUUCAGCUAUUGACACAUGGCUGUUUUAAUAAACUGGAAAUGCAAUAGAAGCAUUAGUUUCUGUUUGCCUGUUCUGUACACCUCACUAAAUGGGUAAAGUGAACCUGAAUUCUCACCAGAAGACAAAGAAAUGACUGUUCCUCUUUGACCUCAGUGAUGCGUUUACAAAAAAGUAAGGUUGUGUUAACAUUCAGACAGUGUUACUAACAUCGUUCUUUCUCAACUUGCUCUCUUAAACUGUGAAAAAAAUAUUGCUUAGUGGAUUUGGGGUUGUUUUUUUGUUUGUUUGUUUGUAUGGAUGUAUUUUCAAUAUUGGUGACAGAUGGCACAAAAUGUUCUUUUUGAAUAAUUUAAUAUAAAAAAAAAUAUUUACUGCCCACGGGAAACCCAAAAAUGGGCUUUUAAUGGCUUUCACCAAAGAAUUUGUACAUAAUCUAUUUGAUGUGGAUGAAGUGGGAGGACCAGUGAUUUAUAUUGUGUGGUGUAUUUAAAAAAAAAUUUUAAAUUGUGGAAAAUCUAAGAAUUUCUUGUAAUAUCCUAUUUUUGUACAAUUUCUUUGAACCAUUGUUUUACUGAAAGCUGUUUUUUGAUAUUUUUAAAAUG